CGCGGGGGCGUGCGCGAGCGCCGCAGCCUGCGACUUCGCGCUCAGUCAUUGUCCGACCAAAAACCUGGUCGUACGUCCAUCCGCCGAUCGGCCGUCGCUACUUCGUUUGUCGAGUGCCCGUUUUCCGAACGGUUUGCUCUGAUCCCUGGAGUGUGCGUGCAGUGAAGUGAUGGUGUGUUUUUAGCUGUACAGCAAACAGUGUAUCGCUAUAAAGUACCACAGUCCGGUGUGUUGCGAGUUCCACGGAGUUGUCUAACGGCUGUUCGCCUGCCGGCGAGGGAAGGCGGAUCGCUUCAACCGGGAGGAAUGAGCCCCGCACACCAUAGUCCCUACACUCACCGAUGAUCUCAAGAGACCAUGUAUAUAGACACCUUACCUCUAGUGGUUUGGACGCUUUUAGUCACAACGACACAUGUAGCGACAGAAGGCCAAUAUGGAAUAGGUUUAGGAAUAAAACGAGAAGUAUUUUUCUUAAAUUUAGAAGACGGCUAUUUUGGCUGUCAAGUAAACGAAUCAACACAAAUAUUACAAUUAUAUGAAUUAUCGAAAUUAUGCGACGGUGUGCCAGACUGCUAUAAAGCUUCCGACGAACUUAGGUCAGAGCUGAAAUGCACAGACGAUUGUACCAAAGAAGAUGGCGCGCAGUGUAUAAACGGAGCUUGCCUGAACGGUGUGUGCCAUUGUAAUGACGGUUUCGGAGGAUGCAAUUGCCAAGAAACCGAUGUAAACGAAUGCAAGGAACGGCCAUGUGAUGUUUUUGCUCACUGUACAAAUACGGUGGGUAGUUUCCAAUGUUCCUGUUUCCCAGGGUACGAAGGCGAUGGUUUUACUUGCAGAGAUAUAAACGAAUGUGAAGAUCCAGCAGUGGCAUCACGAUGUGUAGCAAACGCUGAGUGUUGCAAUUUGCCUGCUCAUUUCAUCUGCAAAUGCAAUCGUGGAUUCGAAGGAGAUGGCGAGGAAGAGUGCCGAGAUAUCGACGAAUGUCGACGACCUGGCGCUUGUGGAAUCAACGCUGUCUGCCAAAAUUAUCCGGGCAAUUACACGUGCGCCUGUCUAGCUGGUUACACUGGAAGUCCGUUCGAUGGUUGUGUGGACGUGGAUGAGUGCGCAAGCGGGUCGGCAUGCGGCGCAGGUGCGACGUGCAGAAACGUGGAAGGCGGGUUCGAGUGCAGUUGUCCCCCCGGCAGCGAGGGUGACCCGCGCGUCGCCUGUCAGGAGCUGGACGCGUGCGCACGUGCCCAGUGCGGUCGCGGAGCUAUCUGCCAGAAUCUGCCUGGCGCUUACCGCUGCGUCUGCCCGCCUGGUUUCCAAGGCAACCCAGAAGUAGGAUGCACUGACGUGGAUGAAUGUAAGAGUAGCAAGAAGGUUUGCGGCGACCACGCCGUGUGUACCAACACGGUGGGCAGUUACGUGUGCGCGUGCGAACCGGAGUACACAGGCGAUGCGCGCGCCCCACACGGCUGCCGCGACGUCGACGAAUGCGAAGCGCUGGAACGCCCAUGUGGCACGCACGCCGUCUGCGAGAAUGCUGCGCCCGGCUACAACUGCGUCUGUCCUCAAGGAUACAGAGCCAAACCUAACCCACAAGUCGCCUGUGAACAGAUCGACGUCAAUACUCUAUGUAAAUCUAAUUUUGACUGUACAAAUAACGCCGAGUGUAUAGAAGAUCAGUGUUUCUGUAAAGAGGGAUUCGAUGCAAAAGGAUCUGUUUGCGUUGAUGUUGAUGAAUGUGCUACAAAAACAUCGACUUGUGGAGAAAAUGCCAUGUGUAUUAAUACGCUCGGGUCAUACGAAUGUGAGUGCGCUACAGGAUUCGUAGGGUCACCACCGACAGUAAAAUGUCGCGCUCCGUGCGAUGAUGUGAAAUGUGGAGAUCAUGCCUUCUGCAAACCAGACGGCGCUGAAGCUUACUGCGUAUGUGACGAUGGUUGGACUUUCGAUCCCACAGAUAUAGCAGCCGGUUGUAUCGAUAUUAAUGAAUGUGACACCUCUGUUGGACCAGUCGGGCGCUGUGGUAUAAAUGCGAGAUGUUCAAACACAUUGGGUAGCUUCAUGUGCCAGUGUCCAGAAGGUUAUACUGGAAAUGCCUAUAAACAGUGCAUAGAUAUCGAUGAAUGCCAAACUGACGGAGCAUGCGGAGUUGGCGCUGAAUGUAUUAAUCGAGAUGGUUCAUACAGCUGUGAAUGCGCUGAAGGUACAGUGCCCGAUCCUGAUCCACGAGUACGAUGUGCUGAAAUUCUUUUAUGUAGAAAUAAUGAUGAAUGCCCCGGUAAUGCUAUAUGCGAUCAAAACUCAAGAUGUUUAUGUCCAGAUCCUAACGUUGGCAAUGAAUGCAGGCAUCCUUGCGAAACUUUACAUUGCGGUAGCAACUCCGAAUGCCUACUGACAGACCAAACAGCUCAGUGCACGUGUCGAAGUGGUUUCACUGGAAACCCGUCAUCUCUCGGAGGUUGUCAAGAUAUAGAUGAGUGUCUGUCUAAUCCAUGUGGCACUGGAGCUGUUUGUACAAAUUUACCUGGAAAUUUCCAAUGCGAAUGUCCUGGCAGUUUCCACGGGGACCCUUAUAUUGAUGGCUGCGUGCCAGGCAAAAUGCCAAGUGAAUGCAGUGACACUAAUCCUUGUCCUCUCGGCGAACAAUGUAUAUCACACGACGCAGAAAAUGUCUGCAUUUGCUCUCAAGGGUACAUUCGUAGUAAAGAAACGGGUUUGUGCGAAGACAUCAACGAAUGCACUCAACAUGGUCACUCCCCAUGUGGUCUAAAUGCAAUCUGUAAAAACCUACCGGGCAGUUACGAGUGCAAAUGCCCCUCGGAAUAUAGUGGAAACCCUUACAACCUAUGUGAAAUGUGCAAUGAUAUUAACUGCCAAUGCCAGCCACCAUACAAAGUUGUAAAUGGUCAUUGCGUUCUAUCAGGGUGCUCAAAAGAUAAAAAAUGCGGGAAGGGUGCCGAGUGCAUAGUUAUUUCAGACGGAGUAAGUUACUGUGCUUGCCCUGCCGGAUUUUCUCAAACUCUCGAUGGUUCAUGCGAAGAUAUAAACGAAUGCACUGCUGGUCAGCCUGUGUGCGGAAUCGGCGCGGAAUGUAUGAAUACAGCGGGUUCUUUUAUUUGUAAAUGUCCUCCAGGUUAUGGUCAAGACAUCACUACUGGGCAUUGUAGCAUAAAUCAAAAACGAUGUAUUAGUGAUUCUGAUUGCUUUUCUAAUGAAAAAUGUAUCGAACCUGGGAAAUGUGUUUGCCCGCCGCCAUUUUAUCUAGACGUAACUGACGGUCAAAAGUGCAAAAGUCCAUGCGAGAGGUUUACUUGUGGAAUCAAUGCAAAGUGUACACCUAGUGACCCACCUAGGUGUAUGUGUAUGGCGGGAUUCGAGGGAGAUCCAUAUACAGGUUGCACUAACAGAAAUGAAUGUCAUAGCGCUCCCUGUGCAUACGGUGCGAUAUGUCACGACAAAAAGGGUGGUUUUCAAUGCGAAUGUCCUCAAAAUAUGAUUGGGGAUCCUUAUAAAACCGGAUGUAGCGUCGAGGAAGAGCCGACACAAAAACAACUUUGUAGCUCAGACAAUGAAUGUCCGAACACGCUAUCAUGCUUGAACCACACUUGCCUAUCACCUUGCGGCAGUGUUUCUUGUGGGCCUAAUGCGUUUUGUGAAGUCGAUAAUCACGCAGCAUGGUGUCGCUGCAAUCCCGGAUACACUAAACCUGAAGGUGGAAAGUGCAUAUCCGGUUGCGAUUCGUUCUCAUGCGCUUCUCGUGCAAAAUGUAUUAUAUCGAAGUCAGGGGCAACAUGUGUGUGCCCUGAGGGUAUGGUAGGAAAUCCAUUCCCGGGGGGCUCUUGCAGAAGAGACGUUUGCGGGCCGGGUGCUCCGUGUGAGGAGCCCAUGUCUUGUGUGGCGGGGCGUUGUCGCCAGCGAUGUGAAGGCGUAGUAUGCGGAGUAGGCGCCUCGUGCAAUGAACAAAGUGGAAAAUGCGUUUGUAAUGAUUUCUUUGUCGGAAACCCUGAUUUGCUAUGCAUGCCACCUAUUUCACCACCAACCUGCGAACCAGGAUGUGGGGAUAAUGCACAUUGCGUUUACGGACUUUCAAACGCUUGUAAGUGUAACAAAGGUUAUACUGGAAAUCCGUAUAUUAAAUGCCUCCCUCGGAGACAAAUAACUUGUGCUAAAGCAUCUUGCGGUCGGAACGCUGUGUGUCAACAAACACGAUCACAUGUCGAGUGCCUCUGCCCACCAGGUUAUAUUGGAAAUCCAAAUCUACAAUGCAUUGAUAUAGAUGAAUGUAGCUCUAAACCAUGUGCUGAGAAUGCAAUUUGCAUCAAUACCCCCGGAAGUUUCAGUUGUAUUUGCAAAAGCCACUAUGUGGGUAAUCCGUACGAACUUUGUUCGCAUGUAUCCAUUUCUAAGUGUACCGAAGGCAACAGUUGCACUUGUACUCAUAAUGCUACUUGCCCAGAUGGAUACAUAUGUGAAAGAUCCAGAUGUGUCGAUGCUUGUCGCAAAAUGUCUUGUGGUCUGAAAUCAAUAUGUGAAGAAGGCAUUUGCCAUUGUCUACCCGGAUAUACAGGAAAUCCCAACAACUUGCAACAUGGGUGUGUUCCCGAUAAUAAGUGUAUGACAGAUGGUGAUUGCAAAGACACCGAAAUAUGCUUUCAGGUAGCAAAAAGUGUAAGAAAAUGCGUGGAUUCUUGCAGUAAGUUGCAAUGUGGACCUAAUUCAUUGUGUGUUAGCUCCAAUCAUCAAGCUCAUUGUUUAUGUGCUGAAGGGUACGUGGGUAAAGCAAAUGACGUUAAAUCUGGUUGCUAUUUAGAGCAUGGCGAACCAAAUGUAAUGGAAUGCAAUGGACACAGCGACUGCACAGAUCCACAACUUUGCAUGCCCGUGGAUGAAUCUACGAAUAGGUGUAUAGAUUUAUGUUCAACUAUAGCUUGCAGCGCUAACGAAGUGUGUAGAGUGAUAGACAAUAGUGCACGGUGUGAUUGCAAAGAUAAUUUCCGUUGGAAUCCUGUAACUUCUAUUUGUGAGCAACCAUCUACUCCAAGCUGUGAAAAAGAUGAUGACUGCGACAACAACAAGUCAUGCCAAAAAGAUGAACUCGGUGUAAGGAAAUGUUUUGACAAUUGUUUGGCAUUUAGUUGCCCUCAGAAUUCAAAAUGUAUAACUAGACGCCAUAAAAGUCAAUGCGAGUGUUUAUCGGGUUUUAUAGGAAAUCCCAAUGACCGUGAUGGAUGUUUACCUAUCAAUAAAAACCAAUGCGUCGAUGAUGCACAAUGUCGAGAAAAUGAGAUUUGUAAAUAUGUUGGUUCUAUUAAAAAAUGUACAUCAGCUUGUCAACAAAAAAUUUGCGGUCCGAAUGCUAUCUGCGUUACCAAUAACCAUGCUGCAAAAUGUCAGUGUCCAUCUGGUCCCUUUACCGGCAAUCCCGAUGAUCUAGAAAAAGGGUGUCAAUCAGUUCCAUGCAUAUAUAACACGGAUUGCUUAACCCACGAAUUGUGUAACCGUAUGAUACAUACUUGUAUGAAUGCAUGUGCCGAGGAUUCUUGUGGUGAUAAUGCUGUAUGUAUAGCAGAGAAUCAUAAAAUAAGUUGUCAAUGCCCAAGUGGUUAUAAAGCGGAUCCACUACCAGAGGUUAAUUGUAGAAAGAUAGAGGUCUGCAAUCCAAACCCUUGUCAUCCAACUGCCAUCUGCGAGCCACAUCUUACAUCCUACACAUGUAAAUGUCCUGUUGGAUUGACAAGUGACAAAACAGGAGUAUGUAGAGUUCAAGACGAUUGUCAUAAUGGUGAUGAUGACUGUCCGUUAGAAGCAACUUGCGUCGCAGGACGAUGUGUAAAUCCAUGUGACGGAGCAUGUGGUAUAAACUCUCUGUGUAAAAUUGUAGAUAGAAAACCUAUAUGUUUAUGUCCCGAAGGUUAUGAAAACAUUCAAGGCGGUAAUGCUUGCAAGAAAAAGUUGCUAACCUGUGAUAAUGAUGUUCAUUGCGACGGGGAUGUGUGUUAUAAUGGACAGUGUUUAACGGCUUGUAAAAACUCCAGCCAAUGCGAUAAAGGAGAUAUAUGCCUAAAGAAUUUUUGUAUGACUCAAUGCGCAAAGCAUUCUCAAUGUGGCAUUGGACUAGCAUGCGUAGGUGGACAAUGUUUAGUUGGCUGCAGAGUUAAUGACGACUGUGCCAGCGAAGAAUCUUGCAUAAACAACAAAUGUGUUAAUCCAUGUCUUGCAACACGAGUGUGUGGUCCGAAUGCUAUUUGUUCAAGAAUUAAUCACAGUACAAAAUGUGAAUGUCCACUCGGAUUUGAAGGAACACCAUCUCCUCAACAAGGCUGUGUACGGAUACCAAGUGCAUGUAGUAGAACAUCCGAAUGUCCACCAGAUCAUAUGUGUAUUGGAUUUCUGUGCCAAGUGCCUUGUCAAGAUAACUCUGGGUGCGCGAUUGGUGAGAAAUGCAGCGAUAACAAAUGCCACAAAAUCUGCCACUCCAGUGGCAACUGUUUGCAUGGAGAACAUUGCAGUUCUGGAUUAUGUAUACCUGGCUGCAAUUCAGAUGCAGAUUGCCUUAGUAACCAAAGUUGUAAAUCAGCAACAUGUAAAUGCUUACCUGGUUUUAAAAUAAAUACUGACGAAUGUAUUAAUAUCAAUGAAUGUUUAGACAAUCCGUGCCAUCCAUCAGCUCAGUGUGAAGACACAAUAGGGUCUUUCAAAUGUAUUUGCCCAACUGGAGCAAUCGGUGAUCCUUAUAAAACUGGAUGUAUACUACCAAACCAGUGUAGACGAGAUGAACAAUGUGACAGUUUACUUGCUUGUAUACGAGGAAAAUGCCAGAAUCCUUGUCAGACUAAAGCAUGCGGGUUGAAUGCAAUGUGUUCAGUUUUAAACCAUAGAGUUGCAUGCUCUUGCAAAAAAGGAUAUCUCGGCAAUCCACUAGACAAAAAUAUUGGAUGUUUCAAAGUGGAAUGUGUCGAUAGCUCAGAUUGUACCAGUGAAAAAUAUUGCAAUAGUAGAAGUAACAAAUGUUCCGAUAAAUGCGAUGAUUCAGCAUGUCAUGGGGGUACGUGUAAAAUUAUAAAUCAUAAAUCAACGUGUACUUGCCCAAUAGGAUUUAAUUUGAAUAAUAAUGCCUGUGAGGAUAUUAACGAAUGCCUGAACAAUCCUUGCCCCAUAAAUUCAGAUUGCGAAAAUUCACAUGGAUCUUAUGCAUGCAAAUGCAUUAAUGGAACAAUAUUAGACACAAGUAAAGGCAUUUGCAAACUACCCGGCGAUUGUUUUUCAAAUAAUGACUGCUCGGAAAAAACUACGUGUAUUAACAGUCAAUGCAUCAACCCCUGUCAAAAAUCAUCACCAUGCGGUGAAAAUGCGCAGUGUAUCGUGGAAUCACAUAAUGCUAUUUGUGAGUGCCUGCCAAAUAGCCAAGGGGAUCCUUACAAGAAAUGCACUAGAUUCGAAUGUACAAAAGAUACCGAUUGUUCGUCAGAAGAAGCAUGCGUCAACUACAAAUGUGUAAACUCUUGUAGUAUUCCACGAGCUUGCGGCAGAAAUGCUGAUUGUCUUUCCAGGAGCCAUAUCGGACAUUGUUCGUGUUCACCUGGCUAUACUGGGGACCCAGUGCUUGGGUGCGUCCCAAUACAGUACUGCACUGAUGACAGCAGAUGUUCUUCUGGCACUAAAUGUGUCGAUAAUUUGUGUGUCGGUUUAUGUAAAAGUUCAAGGGAAUGUUUAAGUGAUCAGGUUUGUAUUCAAGGAACAUGUCGAUUAACCUGCAACUCGAAUAAUACCUGCCCAGAUUUUCAAUUUUGCUUAAAUAGAGUUUGCACAAAGGAAGUUCAGUGCAUGGCCGACGAUGAUUGUGGUGAAGAUGAAAAAUGUUCUGUAAGCCGAAAUGGAAUUCCGCAAUGUGUCAAAGUAUGUGACGGACAUCCAUGUGGACGGCAAGCUAACUGUUUAGGUCAAGUUCAUAAGCCCGUUUGCUCAUGUAAAACUGGGUAUUAUGGAGAUCCACAACAAAGUUGUAAAAGAAAACAAUGUGAUAUUGAUAAUGACUGUACGGAUGACAAAUUGUGUGAUAAGAAUAUGUGUAAAAUAGCCUGUCUGAUGAGUAACGACUGUGGAGACAAUUCAGUUUGUUCAUCUGAAAAUCAUAAAGGUGUAUGUUAUUGCCAACCCGGGUAUACUGGCGAUCCCUACAGAGGUUGCAUGGAAAUUAAUUGGUGCGAAUCUAAUACUUGUGGGAGUGGAGCUGAAUGUAAGAACACACGAAACAGUGCGCUAUGCACAUGUCCUACCGGAACAGUUGGCAAUGCUUAUGAGGAAGGAUGUCGUAAAGCACAAGAAUGCCGAUAUAAUAGAGAUUGCCCAGCUGCCGCUCGCUGUACUGUUACUGGUGCUAUAAGCAAAUGUACAGAUGCAUGUGAAAACAUAAAAUGCGGAAAAAAUUCAGAAUGUGUUGCCGUUCGACAUAUGGGACAAUGUAAAUGUAGAACAGGGUAUGUAGGAAAUCCUAAUCCUCCAAAUGGAUGUAGCCCUCGUGAAAUUACAUGCACUGGGAAAACAGACUGUCCUGAUGACAAAUAUUGCCAUAAAGCAAUUUGUAAAGCUCUCUGUCUUUUGGAUGAAGAAUGUGGUUCAUCGGAGAAAUGCAUUACUGGUCAAUGUUUGGAUCCAUGUCAGGUGGAAAAAAGCUGCGGUUUGAAUGCUAUCUGUCGCUCUGAAAAUCACGUGGUGCAAUGUAGCUGUCCACAUGCAUUUACCGGAAAUCAAGAUGUAGAAUGUGUUCGAAUUCCCCGUUUAUGUGGUGGCGCUGGAGAAUGUGAAAAUGGUCAUAUGUGUCAUGAUUCAAUGUGCGUUCCUCGAUGUAAAGUGGAUGAAGAAUGUGCACUUAAUGAACGGUGUUCCAAAGGAGCUUGUUUGUUAACGUGCAGAGUCGAUAAUGACUGCUUCUUAGGACACAUAUGCUUAGAAAACACUUGUCAAUACGGAUGCAGGCAUGACGAAGAUUGUGGUCCUGAUGAAAUUUGCAAAAACAAUUUUUGUGAAAACCCAUGUGCCAGUAACAUAAAUCCAUGCGGACCCAAUGCACUUUGCUCUGCAGUGGACAGGAAAGCACUCUGUUCGUGUCCUGACGGUCUUAUACCAAACCCAACACCCAAUAUAGCAUGCGUGCGAACGCCCACAUUACAGUGCCGCAUGCAUACAGAUUGUUCUGCUGGUUGGAGGUGCGAGGACGACCGUUGCCGGCCGGCUUGUACGCUUGACGGCUCUGAGUGCCUGCAGGGCGAACGGUGUGACGCCGGGGUGUGCCGUUACGCGUGUACUUCCGACGAGCAAUGCUCAGACGACGAAGUAUGUGAUGGCCGCUUGUGCGUAACAGGGUGUAAAACAGAUUCUCACUGCGCAAACAAUCUUGCGUGCAUAUCAGGACAAUGUAGUGAUCCAUGCACUGAACCAGCUACAUGCGGUUCGAACGCUUUAUGCACAACUAAAGAUCAUCGCCCUGUUUGUAGUUGUCCAUCAGCAUUAGUUGGAGACCCAAGAACGGUUUGUAGGAGAGAAAUGACUCCUUGUGAUCGAAAUAAAAAUUGUGCAGAUGGAUUUAGCUGUUACGGCGACACUUGUCAUCCAUCUUGUAGAAGUGACGUCAUAUGUUUAUCUAACGAAAAGUGCAUUCGGGGAAUAUGCCGAGUUGUAUGCAAUAGUGACGAAGCGUGUAGCGAUGGACAAAUUUGUGAAAACAGAAUUUGUAAACAAGGCUGCAGAGAUGACAACGCUUGUGAUGAAUCUCAAGCCUGUUUCAACGGCCAAUGUAAAGAUCCAUGCAAGGAAAGCCGUUUAUGUGGCAUUUGUUCAGAGUGCAAUGUUUUAAAUCAUCGAGCACAAUGUAGUUGCUCCAGAAAUUUCACCGGUAAUCCUUUGGUGGAAUGUAAAAGAAAACAAGUGCAGUGUGAUGGAUAUUGUCCAUGCGAUGACAGUGGAUAUUGUAUAUCCCUAUGCGAUGAUAAUUUGGAUUGUUCAUGUGGAGAAAAAUGUGUUGACGGCGGUUGUCGAUCAUUAUGCUCAUCGAAAAACAAAUGUCCUCAAAGACAGAUAUGCGUUAAAGGUGCAUGCAUUGCUGGGUGCAACAAUGACAGAGAUUGUGGAGAUGACAUGUUAUGUUCUGCAAAACUUUGUCAGCCGGCUUGCCAAGAAAAGUCUUGUGGGAAAAAUGCAGUUUGUUUACCGACCCACCAUCGAGCCGUAUGUAAUUGCCCUAGCGGAUUUUCAGGUGAUCCAUUAAGCGAGUGUAAUGCUUACGAGUGUCAGCACGACGAAGAAUGUGGUGCCGAUGAAGUAUGCCUGGAAGAAGGAAAAUGUAAAAAUGUAUGCGUAGGCGCAUGCGGAAUCAAUGCUAUCUGUCGUGCAAUGAACAGAUUACCACAGUGCUCUUGUCCGCCAAAUUAUUUAGGGAACCCUAAAUUUGAAUGUUCUAAGCCAGCAGCCGGCAGCUGCUUGCGCAAUCCUUGCGGAAUAAAUGCUCGUUGCCGGGAUUUGGACGAUGGUAGUUACGAGUGUACAUGCCCGCCAAACUGCGCUGGUGACCCACAAAAACAGUGCUUCUGUGGUGCUAUGGAGCCCUGCGCAUACAAAGCGUGUGGGACGAAUGCGCAGUGUCGUAUUGGGCAUAAUAAGGAAGCUCAAUGUUACUGCCCACGCAACUACCCUAACGGUGACCCAAAUAUAGAAUGUUCUCAAGAGCGUAGUGUAGUUGACUGUCGAACAACUGGUUGCGGAAUCAACGGAGAAUGUUUGAGAGAAGGAGCAGAGUUUGUUUGCCAUUGUAUUCCUGGCACGGAAGGACAAGCAGAUAUUGAAUGCCAUACUAGUAUCGAAUGUACGAGCGAUAAGGAGUGUCCACUGGACAAGGCCUGCCUGAGCUUGCAUUGCGUGGACCCUUGCACUGUUCGCGGCGCGUGUGGUGAAGAUGCGCUGUGUGAGUCGGUGGCGCACCGGCCGCAAUGCUCGUGCCCACAGUGUUACGUAGGGCAGCCACGCGUGGCCUGUCGGCCCGAUCCAGCCUGCACACCAUCAUCAGAGCCAAACUCUACAUUCACAUGUUCUCCAACUAAGUCUUGCCCGCCUCGAUUGGCAUGCGACUUUGAUGCAGGCCAGUGCCGAAAUCCAUGCCUGAACUACCAAAACUGUCGUAGAAACCAAAAGUGUGAAGUUAGAAAUCACGAACCCGUUUGCGUUUGCCGCAAUGGAUUUGCAUUAAAUGAUAAGGGAGAAUUAACUUGCGCACCGGAAGAUGCAGAAUGUACACGGGACGAACAAUGUCCUUCUAAUGCGGCAUGUCGUAAUUCCAAGUGUGUGAAUCCCUGCUUGGCGUCAAAGGAACCCAUGUGUCCAAAGGGAAAACAAUGCGAAGUCGUGGAGCACAACGCUAUCUGCGUGUGCAUCGAAGACUGUCACACCGCAGUAUCAAUAUGUUUACGAGACAAUGGGUGUCCGCAAAACUUGGCGUGCAGAGACUUCGAAUGCAGAGACCCUUGUAAAGGCGCUUGCGGUGGUGCUCCAUGUUCAGUAGAAGACCACCAUCCAGUUUGCAAGUUCUGUCCUAAAGGAUUCACACACGAUCAAAAUCAUGGCUGCAUUAAAGCGUUAGAAUGCACUUCGGAUGAACAAUGCGCGCCGAAUCUGGCGUGUGCAGGUGGGCGCUGUGUCAGCCCGUGCGAGCGUGGCGGUCCUUGCGCCUCUGGCCAACACUGCGCCGUUUCCAACCAUCAACCCGUCUGCUCUAGAGGGCCUGUUACAAAUUGUGCACACUGUCGUCCAGGAGUACCUUGCGACCCAUUUUCAGGGGCCUGCAUGGAAACAUCACCUGGGACACCUAAGGCACCAGAACCAUGUCAAUCUGACCGAGACUGUAUACAGACAGAAGCCUGCUUUAUGGGACUGUGUCAAAACCCCUGUGGGUUUAACAAUGUUUGUGGUAUUGGAGCCAAUUGCCACCCUAUCAAGCAAAGACCGAUGUGUUCAUGUCCCGCUGGACAAGACGGAGAUCCUGCUGUUAAAUGUUCACCUAAAAUAACCGGUUGCACUAGAAACGAAGAUUGUCUCAUCACCGAGGCUUGUAUAAAUAAUGCAUGUCAACUCCCAUGUGCCAUACACAACCCAUGCGUGCCGAACGCGGCCUGUAUAAAUACGAAUCAUGGCUCCGACUGCAGCUGCCUUCAAGGUUUUCAAGGAAACGGAUAUGUUGGAUGUGUGCCAGUUAUUGACUCAUCGUCAGUAUGUCAAUAUAAUGAAGAUUGUCCACCACAUCUGCUGUGCGAUAGAUUAAAUAGAGUCUGCAUUAACCCCUGCUCCGCAAACAAAUGCGGUGAUAACGCCGAAUGCGUCCCAUCAAACCAUGGUAUUCAAUGCCAGUGUCUUGAAGGAUACACGGGUAACGCUUAUUUGGAAUGUUAUCAAGUACAAGGAUGUAGGUCCGAUAAUGAAUGUGCAAAUUCCGAGGCUUGCAUAAACGGUAGAUGUGAUUCGCCUUGUAGAUGUGGCAUUAAUGCUAUUUGCGAUGUUAUAAACCACCGAGCAUCUUGCAAAUGUCUACCAGGAUACAAUGGAAAUCCCAUGCUAGGAUGUGAUCCUCCAGUAAACCCAUGCAUCCCAAAUCCAUGUGGAAUUAAUGCAUUGUGUGAGAUCGACAACGGAAAUCCCAUAUGCUACUGUCCUAAAGGAUCGACUGGCAACCCGUUCAAGAAUUGUAUACCAGAAGGUAAUGAAUGUGAGCCCAACCCCUGUGGGCCAAACUCAGGCUGUCGGUUAAUAGACAACAAACCAGCUUGUUUCUGUCUUCCAAAUUAUGAAGGAAAUCCCCCUAGACAAACUUGUAGACUACCAAGUAAUCCCUGCAAUCCUUCACCUUGUGGACCGAAUACCCAAUGUACUGUAUUAUCAAAUGGCUUUGCAAAAUGCACUUGCCUACAAGGUUUUAUUGAAAGCCCCAAUACAGUAAGAGGUUGUAUAGAGGCUCGUAAUCCUUGCGAUCCAAACACGUGCGGAUCAGGCGCACGUUGUGACCCUAACAGGAUCCCUGCAUGUUACUGCCCUGAAAAUACUAUUGGCAACCCCUACAAAUCUUGUAAUCCACAAGGAUAUUUGCCACCUGAUACCACUUUAUGCAAUCCAAGCCCUUGUGGCGCGAAUGCUGACUGCUACGUAAGCAGUAACCGAGAAAUGUGUUUCUGUAAGUCUGGCUAUAGUGGAGAUCCAUAUGUUGAUUGUCAAGCUCAACGUAAUCCCUGCACACCAAAUCCAUGUGGACCGCAAGCUAUUUGUAAUGUCAACUAUGAUGGUCAAGCUUCUUGUACUUGUGCAGGUGGUAGCACUGGUAAUCCAUACGGUGUUGAAGGCUGUCUUUCACGAGAAUGCGAAGUAGAUGAUGAGUGCUCCGCUAAUAGAGCUUGCAUUGGAUAUACGUGUAGGGACCCUUGUCCAGGUGCUUGCGGUUUAAAUACUAAAUGCCAUGUUGAAUCCCAUCGUCCAGUGUGCGUAUGUGAAGAUGGACUAAUAGGGAAUCCUUUACUCUGCUGCUUGCCUCCGGAAUCUCACAAGGCGAUAUCACCAUGUAACAAGGUGCAGUGCGGCAUUAAUGCAAUUUGCCAGGAUAACGGAAAUGAAGCUCAGUGCUACUGCCCAACGGACUUCAUCGGGGAUCCAUAUGUUGAAUGCAAACUAGAAUGUACAAUGAAUUCAGAUUGCCCAUCGAACGAAGCGUGUGUCAAUAAUAAGUGUGCUGACCCUUGUUUAACUAAAAAUGUUUGUGGUCUAAAUGCAGUUUGUCUCUGCUCCGAUCACACUGUAUCAUGUUUAUGUCCAGAUGGUUAUAUAGGGGAUCCGUUGGUUCAAUGUACCUAUCGACCCAUUAUCAUUCCGUCUGAUAACACUACGGCACAGCCAUGCACUCCGAACCCUUGUGAUCCGAACGCUCCAUGUGAUACUUAUGGGAAUCAAUUUGCAAUUUGCGAUGUUUGCUUGGGACCGGACGCUGUUAGUAAUCCAUCAUGCAGGCCAGAAUGUGUCCUUAACUCAGAUUGUGCAUUUGAUAAGGCAUGCUUAAAGAAUAAGUGUGUAGAUCCAUGUCCUGGUUCGUGUGGUAUGAACACCGAUUGUACUGUUUAUCGACAUGAUCCGAUAUGUCGAUGUAUUAAGGACUUUGAAGGAAAUCCUUAUGAAUAUUGCAAACCCACAACCAGACCUAUUGAAGCGACAACUUGUGACAACAUUCAAUGUGGAGCUAACGCUUUUUGCCAGGAUUCUUAUGGAGUACUAAGUUGUCAAUGCCUACCAAAUUUCUAUGGCAAUCCUCAGUUGUCAUGUCGUCCUGAAUGUGUUGUUAACAGCGAUUGUGCUACUAAUCUAGCCUGUCUUAACAAUAAAUGUGAAAAUCCAUGCAAAGAUGUUUGCGGUAUAAGAGCCCAAUGCGAUACUGUUAACCAUCACGCAAUAUGCUACUGCUCACCAGGUGAAACGGGCGACCCUUACGUAAGAUGUCAGCCUGUUAUUGAAUCUCCACCAUCGCACCACGUGUGCGACCCUUCGCCUUGUGGGCCAUACAGUCGUUGUCUUGUCUCACCAACCGGAUUCCCAGUUUGCUCGUGUUUGCCAGGCUACAGAGGAGUCGCACCAAUGUGUCAGCCAGAAUGCGUCAGUAACUCAGAUUGUCAACAAACAGAGACAUGUGUCAAUCAGAAAUGUGUCAACCCAUGCCUGGGUAGCUGUGGCGUCAACGCAGAUUGUAUAGUUGUAAAUCAUAAUCCUAUAUGUGCUUGUGGACGUGAUAAGACUGGGGAUCCUUUUGUUGCUUGUGGAGAGAUGGAACCUAUCGAUACUGUACCAAAAAAUCCUUGUGUGCCUUCUCCUUGCGGGCCUAAUUCCAUAUGUGAAAUUAAAUCUAAUCAUCCCGUCUGCUCAUGUAGCUCCAACUAUGUCGGAACUCCUCCAUUCUGUAGACCGGAAUGUGUAAUAAGCCAAGAAUGCGCGUCUAAUCAAGCGUGCAUAAACGAGAAAUGCGCGGAUCCGUGUGUUGGCGCUUGUGGAAAUAAUGCCAAGUGCGACGUCGUUAACCAUACGCCUCUGUGUAGUUGUCUCGAGGGCUACAGGGGAGACGCUUUUAUUGGAUGUGUUAUAAUAGUUAAUGAACCACCGACACCUUGCAAUCCUUCACCUUGUGGAGAAAAUACUAUAUGCACAGUAGUGAAUGACGUAGCUCGAUGCUCAUGUAUACCGCCAAAUAUCGGAAACCCUUACGCAGGUGGUUGUCGACCAGAGUGUACCAUGAACCCAGACUGUCCUAAUAACUUAGCCUGUUUAUCCAAUCACUGUCGGGAUCCUUGCAGAGACUUAUGCGGAUUAAACGCUGAAUGCAGUGUCACCAACCAUGUGCCGGUUUGCACUUGUUUCAAAAACCAUGAAGGUGAUCCGUUCUCAUCCUGUCGACCAGUUACUGUAACUCAUCCUCCUUUAAAUCCUUGUGAACCUUCGCCAUGCGGUCCUAACAGUGAAUGCCAAGUGGUGAACCAGCGAGCGGCGUGUUCAUGUCGUGUAGGUUACCUCGGAUCGCCUCCUGCUUGUCGCCCGGAGUGCUCUGUCAACUCAGACUGCCCAUCUACAAGAGCCUGCAUAAAUCAAAAAUGCAAGGAUCCCUGCAUACACAGCUGUGGUCUUGAUGCCCGCUGUCAUGUAGUUGGACACAAUCCGAUCUGCACAUGCCCGGAAAACCAGCCCGAAGGCGAUCCGUUCAUUAAAUGUUACUGGAAGAGUAAGCUGCCGCCAUCUCCUCAUCCAGAUCCAUGUUUACCUUCGCCAUGUGGGCCUCAUUCUACGUGUGCCAGUGAAAGCGGUCGUGCUGUGUGCGCCUGCGAACCUGGCACCUUAGGCGCGCCGCCUUCGUGUCGCCCUCAAUGCGUCAUCAAUCAAGACUGUCCUCUAGCUCUAGCCUGCCUCGCCGGGUCUUGUGUCAACCCUUGCGUUGGCUCUUGCGGAUUCAAUGCACGGUGUAUUGUGCAAAAUCAUCAACCUAUUUGUUCCUGCGAUGAUGGAUAUUCCGGUGAUCCAUUUGCUGGCUGCAGUUUCAUUGAAGUUGCAAAAGAGAUACCAAGUCAUCCUUGCAACCCAUCGCCAUGUGGACCCAACGCCAUUUGUCGAGAAAGAAGUGGCGCUGGUUCUUGCACUUGUAUAGAUGAAUUUUACGGAGAUCCAUACCUUGGUUGUCGCCCUGAAUGCGUAAUGAAUACUGAUUGCGCAAGACACAAAGCCUGCUUUAACAAUAAAUGUGUGGACCCAUGCCCUGGUACUUGUGGGCAAAACGCUGAAUGUAGAGUGACCAACCACGCACCCUCAUGUUACUGCUUGACUGGAUAUAUUGGGAACCCUCUUCAUGCAUGUUCUCCUAUUACGAUUUCGCCAGAACCUGUGGAUCCGUGCCACCCUUCCCCUUGUGGCCCUUAUAGUACAUGCCGUACAUUUAACGGGCAUGCUGUUUGUACAUGCCUAGAAAAAUGUAUUGGUUCUCCACCAAAUUGUCGGCCUGAAUGUAUUGCCACAUCCGAUUGUCGACCUAACAAAGCGUGUAUCAAUCAAAAAUGCCAAGACCCGUGCCCUGGUAUGUGUGGUAUUAAUGCGCAAUGUCAAGUGGUCAACCAUAAUCCAAUAUGUAGCUGUUUGAGUGGUUUUACUGGCGAUCCAUUUUCAAGAUGUUACAUUGAUGAAAGGCCACCUGCGCCUCCGAUAGAUGUUUGUAUACCAAACCCAUGCGGUCCAAAUUCUCAAUGUAAAGAGAUAAAUGGUGUACCUGUAUGCUCGUGUUUGAAUGACUACGUGGGUCGUCCUCCUAACUGUAGACCAGAGUGUGUUAUUGAUGUGGAAUGUCCUGGAAACCUAGCUUGCCUUGCCGAAAAAUGUAGAGAUCCAUGUCCGGGUUCAUGCGGAGUGCAUGCUACUUGCACUGUUGUUAAGCACGUACCGGUAUGUUCUUGUGAACAAGGAUAUACGGGAGAUCCAUUUUCGGGAUGCUCAUUCAUACCCAAUAUAGAGCCUCAGGUUCAAGAAAGCCCAUGUCAUCGUUCUCCUUGCGGAACAAACGCUAUCUGUAAAGAAAGAAAUGGUAUCGGAUCCUGCUCAUGCCUUCCAGAAUAUUACGGAGACCCAUACGUUGAAUGUAGACCAGAAUGUGUAUUAAACUCUGAUUGUCCUAAAGACAAAGCUUGUUUCAAUAACAAGUGUAAAGAUCCAUGCCCAGGAGUUUGCGGUAUGAAUGCUGAAUGCCGUGUGCACAAUCACGCUCCUUCUUGUGCAUGUUUACCAGGAUACGAAGGGAAUCCGUUUUCAUCUUGUUAUAUCGGAAAGAUUGAUCCAAUUGACCCUUGUGUGCCUUCUCCAUGCGGGCCUUCUAGCGUGUGCCGUGUAAGCGCUGGCCAUGCAAUAUGUUCAUGCCAAGACCAGUACUUUGGGUCCCCACCUUCUUGUCGUCCAGAAUGCAUGGUCAGCAGUGAGUGUAUGCCUAAUAAGGCAUGUAAAAAUCAGAGAUGUGCAGAUCCAUGCAUUGGGGCAUGUGGAAAUAAUGCAAAAUGCACUGUUGUAAAUCACAAUGCAUUAUGUAGCUGUCCAACAAAUUAUAUAGGGGACCCAUUUGUACAGUGCACGGAAGCACCAAAAUCACAACCAAGACCGCUGGGAAAUCCCUGUGUACCUUCUCCUUGCGGACCAAAUUCCCAGUGCCGUGUGGUAGGAGAAACGCCUGCGUGUUCUUGUCUGCAAGGAUACAUCGGUAGAGCACCUAAUUGCCGACCUGAAUGUAUAUACGAUGAAGAGUGUUCUAGUAACCUUGCGUGUGUUCGGGAAAAAUGUGUCAAUCCAUGUGCGGGCUCUUGUGGCACAAAUGCAGAAUGCGUUGUAAUAAACCACAAGGCUGUUUGUCAUUGUUGGGAGGGUUACACUGGUGAUCCAUAUGGAGGUUGCCACUUUUUCGUUAUUGUGGCGAGCGAAGAGGAAACAAACCCAUGUUCUCAGUCACCCUGCGGCCCUAAUGCUGUAUGCACAGAAAGAAAUUCUGCUGGAGCAUGUACAUGUUCUCCUGGAUAUUUCGGAGAUCCAUAUCUUGGGUGUCGACCAGAAUGUGUGACAAAUAAUGAUUGUCCAUGGGAUAAGGCUUGUUCGAAUAAUAAAUGUACGGAUCCAUGCCAAGGAGCCUGCGGCAUUAAUGCGCAAUGUACGGUUGCCCAUCAUAAUCCCGUAUGUUUGUGCCUAGAGGGUUAUGAAGGCAAUCCCGUAGUUUCCUGUCAUCCUCGACUAAUACCGCCAACUACCAUUUUAAAUCCAUGCAUGCCUUCUCCGUGUGGAACAUACAGCCACUGCAAGGUGGUCGACGGUCAUGGCGUGUGUUCAUGUCAGGAAGGUUAUGUUGGGUCGCCGCCCACAUGCAGGCCUGAAUGCGUAUCUAGCACAGAUUGUCCUCAGCAUCAAGCAUGCAUUCAACAGAGGUGUAAAGAUCCAUGUCCAGGAACUUGUGGCAUAAACGCUAGAUGUCAAGUUAUUAAUCAUAAUCCUAUUUGCACGUGUAAAGCUGGAUACACUGGUGAUCCAUUCGUAUCUUGCCAGUUAGAACCAAAACCUAUGUUUGAAGGGCCUAAAGGAAAUCCAUGCAUACCAUCACCGUGUGGUCCAUAUUCUCAAUGUAAAGUAGUGGGAGAAGCGCCUGCAUGUUCAUGCUUACCAAACUAUAUUGGUAUUGCACCUAAUUGUAGACCAGAAUGUUCUAUCAAUGCGGAAUGCCCUGGUAAUCUUGCAUGCCAAAACGAGCGGUGUAUAGAUCCGUGUCCGGGGUCAUGCGGUUUGAACGCGGACUGUUCCGUAGGCAAUCAUGUAGCAUUAUGUAAUUGUAUAGCAGGUUACACAGGUGAUCCUUUCAGUGGAUGUUCUCGAGUCGAGUAUCCACCUGAACCUUUGCCAAAUCCCUGCAAUCCUUCACCAUGUGGAGCGAAUGCAUUAUGCAAAGAACGGAAUGGAGUUGGAUCUUGUUCUUGCUUGCCAGAAUAUUUCGGAGAUCCGUACACUGGUUGUCGGCCAGAAUGUGUUUCUAAUUCCGAUUGUGAUCGGAACAAAGCUUGCUCAAACAACAGAUGUAAAGAUCCAUGCCCAGGAGCAUGUGGAGUAAACGCUGAAUGUAGAACAGUCAACCAUUCGCCUACCUGUACGUGCAUGUCUGGAUAUACAGGAAAUCCGCUUGUUCAAUGUGUCAUAAAAGAACUUCCUCCUGGACGAGACGAUAACGUAAAACCAUGCCAGCCAUCUCCUUGCGGACCUAACAGUUUAUGCCGAGAAGUAAACGGUCAUAGCGUAUGCACAUGCGAUAGCGGGUAUAUCGGUACACCUCCCACCUGCCGCCCUGAAUGUAUCGUGAGCUCUGAAUGCCCACAAGAUAAGGCAUGUGUCAACAAAAAAUGUAUUGAUCCAUGCCCGAAUGCUUGUGGAUAUAAUGCACGCUGUCAAGUCGUUACACAUAAUCCCAUAUGCAGUUGUACACCUGGAUACACUGGCGAUCCGUUUUCCAAAUGCGAGUUGGAAGAAAAGAAAGUACCUUCAAAUCCAUGUGAACCAACUCCGUGUGGACCGAACUCCGAAUGCCGGAUAAUUGGAGAUCAAGCAGCAUGCUCGUGUAUGCCAAAUUACAUAGGAAGAGUGCCAAACUGUCGUCCCGAAUGUACUAUUGACGCUGAAUGUCCUAGCAAUACAGCCUGUGUUAAUGAACGAUGUAAAGACCCUUGCCAAGGUGCAUGCGGUCAGAAUGCUCUCUGUUUGACUGUUAAUCAUAGACCGAUAUGCAGUUGUCAACAAGGUUUUACAGGAGAUGCGUCAAGAAAUUGCAUACAAGUUGUGAUAUCAUCUACUGAGAUGACUCCAACAUCGAGUCCAUGCACGCCGUCACCUUGCGGACCAAAUGCGGAAUGUCGGGAGCACAACGGGGCUGGUGCUUGCGUUUGCUCGUCAGGUUACGACGGAGAUCCAUAUAGCCCCAGUGGCUGCCGCAGGGAAUGUGAGGUCAAUGAUGAUUGUGCGCCACAGCUGGCAUGCACACGGUUCAAGUGCAUAGAUCCUUGUCCUGGAACAUGCGGACAAAUGGCUCAGUGCUUAGUCGAAAACCACGUUCCAAUCUGUACUUGUCCAAAAGGCUUCUCUGGUGAUCCGUUUUACCAGUGCAAAGAGUUGACAUAUACUCCUCCUCCAACACAAAACCCAUGCGAGCCUUCACCAUGUGGACCUAACAGCCAAUGUAGACAAGUCAAUAUGCAAGCAGUAUGUUCAUGUCUUCCAAGCUACGUGGGAUCACCCCCGUCAUGCAAACCGGAGUGUGUUGUGAAUAGUGAAUGUGAUACCUCUAAAGCUUGCAUCAACCAGAAAUGUGAUGACCCUUGUCCCAAUACUUGCGGAUUAAGAGCCCAUUGUCAAGUUAAAAAUCACAAUCCUAUUUGCACAUGUCCAGCAGGAAUGACUGGGGAUCCAUUUACACAAUGUUAUCAAAUCGUUUCGACCACCGAACGGCCACCAUCUUGUACCCCUUCACCUUGUGGUCCUCAUUCUCGCUGCCAAUUGUUGGCUAGUGGACCAGCCUGUUCGUGCUUACCCGGAUAUGUUGGAUCACCACCGAAUUGCCGCCCUGAAUGUACAAUUAAUUCUGAAUGUCCGGCCGAGCUAGCUUGCGUGCGACAAAAAUGUGAAGACCCAUGUCCAGGAUCCUGCGGAGUAGAUGCAAACUGCCAUGUUCUAAAUCAUGUAGCGGUGUGUGUUUGCAAUGAUAGAUUUACAGGCGAUCCUUUCUCAAGAUGUUUGCCAAUUCUCGAAGAACCUACGACCCCUACACCAUUAGACCCAUGUAACCCUUCGCCUUGUGGUCCAAAUGCUCAGUGUAAUAAUGGCUUUUGUACAUGUUUACCAGAAUACAGUGGCAAUCCUUACGAAUCAUGCAGACCAGAAUGUACUGGUAGUCAAGAAUGUCCAAGAGACAAAGCCUGCUUCAGAAAUAAAUGUCGAGAUCCAUGCCCCGGAGUGUGUGGUCAAAAUGCGAAAUGUGACGUUAUUAAUCAUAUUCCGUCUUGCUCUUGCAUGUCUGACUUCACCGGUAAUCCAUUUACUCAAUGUCGUCCAGUUGAAAUUAUUACAGAUAAAAAAGAUCCAUGUCAUCCUUCCCCAUGUGGACCCAAUAGCAUUUGUCGAAAUGUAGAUAAUACAGCUGUUUGUGCGUGUAUUGAAGGAUUCCAAGGAUCUCCACCAUCAUGCCGACCGGAAUGCAUUAUUAGCUCAGAGUGCGCUUCUACUAAGGCAUGCGUUAAUCAAAAAUGUAUAAAUCCUUGUAUUAAUUCUUGUGGUCAUGCCGCUAGGUGUGAGGUCAUAAAUCACAGCCCAAUAUGUAGUUGUAACCCUGGUCAAACUGGGGACCCAUUUAAGGGCUGCUACGAAAUUAUAAUUCCGCCGUCUGAUCAAAUUGAUGUAUGCCACCCUUCACCGUGUGGACCAAAUGCUUUAUGUAUGGACAGAAAUGGAAAACCUAACUGUAAAUGCAUUGAUAACUAUAUCGGACAGCCACCGAAUUGCAGGCCAGAAUGUGUUAUCAAUCCGGACUGUCCUUCGAAUCAAGCUUGUGUUCGUAACAAGUGUAUAGAUCCAUGCCCAGGCUCGUGUGGAUUGAACGCUGAAUGCAAUGUUGUCAGCCACACUGUUUCGUGCAGCUGUAAAGAGAAAUUUACUGGCAACCCUUUCCUACAAUGUGUUCCCGAAAAAGAAACUGAACGUCAGCCGUGCGACCCUUCUCCAUGCGGAGCUAAUGCUGUAUGUACUCAACGUGAUGGCGCUGGAGCUUGCUCAUGCUUAGAAGGUUAUUUUGGCAAUCCAUACGAAGGAUGUCGUCCAGAAUGCGUUUUGAGUUCAGACUGUUCAGCGGAUAAGGCGUGUAUUCGAAACAAAUGUGCAGACCCUUGUCCCGGAAUUUGUGGCUCUAACGCCGAAUGCACUGUCAUAAACCACGUUCCAUCUUGUGCGUGUGUUAAGGGCUAUUCCGGAAAUCCAUUCGAACAGUGUGCGAAGACUGAAGAAGGCCCAAUUAGACCGUGCCAGCCAUCACCAUGCGGUCCCAACAGUAUUUGUAGAGAAAACGGUGGUCUAGCUUCUUGCGAAUGUCUUCCAGAUUAUAGGGGUGCACCGCCAGAUUGUCGGCCUGAAUGCACAGUAAGCAGUGAAUGUCCAUCAGAUCGUGCUUGCCAUAAGUUAAAAUGUGCUGAUCCAUGCCGAGGCACUUGCGGUCUAGGUGCACACUGUCAAGUCAUCAAUCACAGUCCUUUAUGCAGCUGUCCAGCAGGAACUACUGGAGACGCAUUCAUUAGAUGUGUAGAACCCAUUGAAGACCAACCACCUCCACCAACACAGCCGUGUUAUCCAAAUCCGUGUGGACCUUAUAGUGAAUGUCGUGUACUUAAUGGUAACCCAUCCUGCUCCUGCUUACAAGGAUAUAUAGGCGGUCCACCUAACUGCCGACCAGAAUGUCUAGUAAAUACUGACUGCCCUUCACACCAGGCAUGCAUCGCUGAAAAAUGCACUAAUCCAUGUGAUGGUUCCUGUGGAUUUAGAGCCGAAUGCAGAGUUCACGAUCACAUACCAAUAUGUAGUUGUCCAUCAGGCUUUUCUGGAGAUCCGUUUAUACAGUGCUCUGAGUUUGUUAAUCCAACUCCUGCACCGGAUCUCUGCAAUCCAUCCCCCUGCGGAACCAAUGCAAUUUGUGAUGCCGGUAUCUGUACGUGUCCUACUGGAUACUUUGGAGAUCCUUACGUAGGAUGUCGAUUGGAAUGCAGCACAAACGGUGAAUGUUCUCCCACUCGUACAUGUCAGGGAGGCAAAUGCGUGGAUCCAUGCCCUGGAGCUUGUGGAACUCGUGCUGUUUGUUCUGUCAAUAAUCACAUACCAUCUUGCUCUUGUCCACCCGGAACAUCUGGAGAUCCGUUUUCAUUCUGUACAGAAACGCGACAACCACCAGGACCUCCACAAUCACCAUGUUCGCCGUCUCCUUGCGGUCCAUAUAGCGAAUGUAGUGUUAGUAGUAAUGGGGCUGCUGCAUGUUCGUGCCGUCCCGGGCACGUGGGCUCACCACCAUCUUGUCGACCAGAGUGCCUCGUGAGUGCAGAGUGCAAGUUGCAGUUGGCGUGUAUUGACCGUAGAUGUCGCGACCCUUGCGAUGGCGCUUGUGGACGUGGUGCUCGAUGCCAAGUCGUAGCACAUUCACCAAUUUGCACUUGCCACGAUGGGUUAACUGGCGAUCCGUUUACAUAUUGCUAUCCUGCGCCAGUGAGUGUACCACCGGAAGACCCAGAGCCAUGUCAACCUUCGCCUUGUGGACCAAAUUCAAUAUGUAUAAAAUCAGGAGAAACACCGGCUUGCAGUUGCCAACCAGGGUUCAUUGGGACUCCACCAAACUGUCGACCUGAAUGUACAAUCAGUGCCGAAUGUCCAGCGGCUUUUGCUUGUGUGAAUCAACGAUGCAAGGAUCCGUGCGUGCAAGCAUGUGGCCCAAGAGCUGUUUGCUCAGUGGUAGAUCACCGUGCUUCCUGCGUCUGCGAACCUGGCCUCGAAGGAGACCCAUUCCAGGGUUGUACACCACCACGAGCUCCUUCUAUGAAUGAAUAUCUCAAUCCUUGUGAACCUUCCCCUUGUGGGGCGAACGCUCAGUGCAAGGUACAAGGAAAUGCGGGAUCUUGUACAUGCCUAAAUGAUUACACCGGAGAUCCAUAUCAAGGUUGCAGACCUGAAUGCGUAGCUGACUCUGACUGUCCUUUGACGUCCGCAUGUUCUAAAAACAAAUGUACUGACCCAUGUCCUGGAGUGUGCGGAUAUAACUCAGAAUGUUAUGUAACAAAUCAUAAACCUGUAUGCCAAUGUAACGCAGGUUAUACAGGAAACCCAUUUUCAAUGUGUUCUCUGACACCGGAUCGUGACAUACAAACAAUAGACAAAUGCAGUCCAUCUCCGUGUGGCGCUAAUGCGAUUUGUAAGGAAGUUAAUGGACAGCCUGUGUGUUCAUGUUUAACGAACUAUAUAGGCAGUCCUCCGAACUGUAAACCCGAAUGCGUUGUGAAUUCGGAGUGUAAAACAAACAGAGCAUGUGUUAAUCAAAGAUGUGUAAAUCCUUGCCCGAAGCCUUGUGGGCAAAAUACAGAUUGCAAAGUAAUAAAUCAUAGUCCAGUAUGUUCAUGUCGUCCCGGUUACUCUGGAAAUCCAUUCAUGGCAUGUGCGGCUGUUUCAUACAACUCACCGAAUAACCCGCCAACAGAUCCAUGUAUUCCGUCACCAUGUGGUCCUUAUGCAGAAUGCCGUAAUAUCAAUGGUUUACCUUCGUGUUCUUGUUUACCUUCGUACACCGGCUCGCCACCAUUCUGCAAGCCGGAAUGUGUCAUAAAUUCUGACUGCCCCAGUGACAAGGCUUGUAUAGCUGAAAAGUGCCGAAAUCCUUGCGAAGGUUCAUGUGGUCUCUACGCAGAUUGCUUUGUUAACAAUCAUGUACCAGUAUGCUUGUGCCCAGAUGGAUAUUCUGGAGAUCCAUUCAGACAAUGCACAUUAAAUCCAAUUCAAGGAGUAACUUCAUCACAUCCAUUCAAUCCAUGUGAACCGAGCCCAUGCGGUCCAAAUACCUUAUGCAACAAUGGAAUUUGUUCAUGUGUGAUAGGUUAUCACGGGGAUCCCAAUUUGGGGUGUCGUCCAGAAUGUGUUUAUAAUACAGACUGUCCUCCUGCUAAGGCAUGCCAAAACAACAAAUGCGUUAAUCCGUGUAUCGGAACUUGCGGAACGAAUGCAGUUUGCGAAGUCCUUAACCAUAUACCAAUGUGCACUUGCACGAAAGGUAUGAGUGGAAACGCGUUCAUGGAAUGUAGACCAACGCUAGUUGCACCGGCAAAUCCAUGUAAUCCAUCGCCAUGUGGACCUAACAGCCAAUGUCGUCAAUCAAAUGGACAAGCGAUAUGUUCUUGCGUGCCUGGUUUUAGAGGAAGUCCUCCAACAUGCAAACCAGAAUGUGUAGUCAGCUCUGAAUGUUCUCUGAAAGAAACUUGCAACAAUCAAAAAUGCGUUAAUCCAUGUAUCGGAGCUUGUGGAGUUGCAGCAGUUUGUGAUGUUCACAAUCACAAUCCUAUUUGCACAUGCCCGCCAUCAUUUUCUGGCGACCCAUUCAUCAGAUGUACAAUUCGAUUGGCAACCGAGGUUGAAGUUAAUCCAUGUGAACCGUCACCUUGUGGACCUAAUUCCGUCUGCAAAAUUACGGGAAACAGCUUUAUAUGUGCGUGUAUGCCUGAAUUCAAAGGUAUUCCACCAAAUUGCCGACCAGAAUGUAUCAGUAACAGCGAAUGUGCUUACAAUCUCGCAUGCCAGAAUCAAAAGUGUGUGGAUCCUUGUAUCGGUACUUGUGGUGCAAAUGCAGAAUGCCGAGUAGUAAGCCAUGCACCCAUGUGUAUAUGCCAAGUGGGUUAUAUCGGUGAUCCAUUUUCAUACUGUAGUCUUCAGACACUACCAGACACUACUGAAGUAUUAACGCCAUGUAGCCCGAGUCCAUGUGGGUCUAAUGCCCGCUGCAGAGAGCAGAAUGGCGUUGGUGCAUGUCAGUGCUUAGAUGGCUAUUCCGGUAAUCCAUAUGAGGGAUGUCGACCAGAGUGUGUUGUCAAUUCAGAUUGUCCACUCAAUAGGGCUUGUUCUGGUAUGAAGUGUGUAGAUCCCUGUCCGGGUACAUGUGGAUUGAAUAGUUUCUGUCAAGUAACUAAUCAUAUGCCGAUCUGUACUUGCCAACAAGGUUACACCGGGAACCCAUUUAGCCACUGCACAAUCGUGUUGGAAUCACCUCCAACAGAAGUUUCACCUUGUAAUCCUUCACCAUGCGGAGCCAACAGCCAAUGCAAAGAUAUAAACAGACAAGCAGUUUGCUCAUGUUUACCAAGCUUUGUUGGUUCACCGCCAAAUUGUCGACCAGAAUGUGUCGUUAGCUCCGAAUGCCCAUCAAACAUGGCAUGCACAAAUCAAAAAUGCUCCAACCCCUGUGUUUCCGCGUGUGGUGAAAAUGCCAACUGCAAUGUCAUCAACCAUAGCCCCAUCUGUGUAUGCAAGCAAGGGUUGACAGGGAAUCCGUUCACUAGAUGUUAUCCAUUAAUAGUAUCACAACCACCACUUCCACCUGCGAAUCGCGACCCAUGUCUGCCGUCGCCCUGUGGCUUAUAUGCAGAGUGUCGUGUUAUUGGAGGCGCUCCCUCGUGCGCAUGUCAACCAACUUAUACCGGAAAUCCACCCAACUGUAGACCAGAAUGCACAAUGAACUCAGAGUGCCCAAGUAACCUAGCGUGCAUGAAUGAGAAAUGCCGCGAUCCUUGUCCGGGAGCUUGUGGCCUCAACGCUGAAUGCACUGUAUACAACCACAUAGCUCAAUGUGGUUGCUUGGAGCGAUAUUCUGGUGAUCCAUUUACUCAAUGUUUGUUAAUGCCAGAAAAUGAUGAUACCUUUGAUGCCAACCCCUGUAACCCGUCCCCAUGCGGGCCGAACGCAGAAUGCAACAAUGGCGUUUGUAAAUGUAUUGCAAAUUAUCAGGGUGACCCAUACUUUGGAUGUAGACCAGAAUGUCUCAUGAGUAGCGAUUGUCCCCAGACCAAAGCUUGUGUAGAAAAUAAAUGCGUAGAUCCUUGCGUUAACACCUGUGGCCGUAAUGCUAUGUGCAAUGUGUAUAAUCAUAUACCAAUGUGCACAUGUUUGCAAGGAUUUUCUGGGAAUGCUUUCUUAGAUUGCAGACCUGUGAUUAUCACCGACAUUGUAGAACCAUGUAACCCAUCACCUUGUGGGCCCAACAGCCAAUGCAGAAGUAUAAAUGGUCAAGCUAUAUGCUCAUGCGUUCAGGGAUACCGAGGAGCGCCACCAACUUGUAGACCAGAAUGUGUUACGAGUUCAGAAUGUAGCCUUAACCAAGCCUGCUCUAAUCAGCGUUGCAUUGAUCCAUGUAAAGGAACUUGCGGAAUUUCAGCACAAUGUCAGGUUAUAAAUCAUAAUCCUAUCUGCACUUGCCCUUCUGGUUUAACAGGGGAUCCAUUUUCAAGAUGUGUGAUUAGAGAAGAGGUACCGCCGCCAUAUGUGAAUCCGUGCGAACCAUCGCCGUGCGGCCCUAAUUCUAUAUGUAAAGAAAUCAGUGGUUCUCCGUCCUGUGCUUGCCAAGACUAUUUUAUGGGUUCCCCACCAAAUUGUCGGCCUGAAUGCAUUGCUAAUUCAGAAUGCCCAAAUCAAUUGGCUUGUAUCAAUUAUAAAUGUAAAGAUCCUUGCCCUGGUUCUUGUGGAACAGGUGCAGAAUGUCAAGUGAUAAGUCAUACUCCGCAAUGUUUGUGUCCGCCAGGCUUUACAGGAGACGCUUUUAUAGCAUGCAGAAUUCUAGACACUCCUCUACUACCAUGUUCACCCUCACCGUGUGGACCUAAUGCCGUGUGUAAAGAGCAACGAGGUGCUGGUGCAUGCAUAUGUCUACCCGAGUAUUUUGGUAAUCCGUACGAAGGUUGUCGACCUGAAUGCGUAGUAAAUUCAGAUUGUGUCACCAACUUAGCAUGUAUUCAAAAUAAAUGUAAAAAUCCAUGCAACAACAAUUGUGGCAUUAAUGCGCAAUGUAAUGUUGUCAAUCAUGUGCCAACAUGUGAAUGUAUUGACGGCUUAGUUGGCAACCCUUAUCAACAGUGUUAUGAAAAAAUCCAAGAUACACCGGCUAUACAAAGAAAUCCUUGCGUACCGUCACCGUGUGGACCGAACAGCAUAUGUAAAGUGUCCAACGAUCAAGCAGUGUGUACAUGUAAUCCAGGAUAUUUAGGAACACCACCUGCAUGUAGGCCAGAAUGCGUCACAAGCUCUGAGUGUAACCAGCAGCAAGCGUGCAUACGACAGAAAUGUACCAACCCAUGCACCGGCGUUUGUGGCCUUAACACAGAAUGCAAAGUUAUAAAUCACAGCCCUAUUUGUUCCUGUCAACCAAUCUAUACGGGUGACCCGUUCAGUCGAUGCUAUCAAAUUCCAACUGCAGAUGUCAUUUUUCCAAGUAAUCCAUGUGCGCCUUCACCGUGUGGUCCUUUCUCUGAAUGCCACGAUGCAAAUGGCGUGCCGUCAUGCGCUUGUUUGCCACGAUACACUGGAAGCCCUCCGAAUUGUCGCCCUGAGUGCACCCUUAAUUCUGAUUGUGCAAGUGACAAAGCUUGCAUUAACGAAAGAUGCGUGGAUCCUUGUCCAGGCUCAUGUGGCAUAAAUGCAAUCUGUAGAGUCCAAAGUCACUUAGCAAUUUGUACUUGUAUAGAAAAUUACGAAGGUGAUCCCUUCAAUCAAUGCUCUGUCAAAGUGCAAAAUGAUCUUGUACCAAAUGAUCCGUGCAAUCCUUCUCCUUGUGGUUCUAACGCUGUUUGUAAUAAUGGAAUAUGUACCUGCAUACCAGAAUAUAAUGGUGAUCCUUACUUCGGAUGUCGCCCUGAAUGUACCAUCAGCUCAGAUUGCCCAAUGGAUAAAACAUGUGUCCGAAACCGUUGUGUCGAUCCAUGUGUUAGUACGUGCGGUACAAAUGCGCUUUGUCAAGUAGUUACUCACAUGGCGGUUUGCUCAUGUCCACCUCAAACCACAGGAAACGCUUUUGUACAAUGUGAUCCUGUCAAAGCGCAACCACCUAAGAACCCAUGCCAACCUUCGCCCUGUGGCCCCAACAGCCAAUGCAGAGUACUUAGUGAUCAAGCAGUAUGCUCAUGUUUACGUGGUUACCGUGGUGCACCACCUUCGUGCCGGCCUGAAUGCGUUUCCAGUUCCGACUGCCCACUUGACAAGGCCUGUAGCAACCAGAAAUGCAUAAAUCCUUGUCAAGGCACAUGUGGAGUGGGUGCUCAGUGUCAAGUGAUUAAUCACAAUCCCAUAUGUUCCUGCCCAUCAUCCAUGACGGGUGAUGCUUUCACAAGAUGCAUACCGAUGCCGACUCAACCACCAUUGCCUAUCAACCCCUGCCAGCCAUCACCGUGUGGUCCCAAUUCCAUAUGUCAGCAAACUGGUGGAAAUAUACCAUCUUGUCAAUGCAUGCCCGAAUUGAUUGGAUCACCGCCAAACUGUCGUCCUGAAUGUAUCGCUAACAGCGAAUGCGCUCCACAAAUGGCGUGCAUUAACAGAAAAUGCCAAACCCCAUGUUUAAAUGUCUGCGGAAUAAACGCAGAAUGUCAAGUUGUUAGUCACACUUCUAUAUGUAAAUGUCCAGAGGGCUAUUAUGGCGACGCGGCAGUGCAGUGUACUCCUCAGUCUUUGAUACCAGUGGCUCAGUUAUCUCCUUGUUCUCCUUCUCCGUGCGGGCCCAAUGCUGAAUGUAGAGAGCGUUCAGGUGCUGGUGCCUGUGUUUGCAUUACAGGGUACUUCGGUGACCCAUAUGAAGGAUGCCGUCCCGAAUGUGUCGUAAGCACAGACUGUCCGAGCCACAGAGCUUGCACUAGAAAUAAAUGUAUAGAUCCAUGUCCGGGUACUUGUGCACCGAAUGCUGAAUGCCAAGUUGUAAACCACUUGCCGCUGUGUACAUGUCCAUCUGGCUUUACUGGCGACCCUUUCAGACAAUGUGUCCGACAAUCUGUUGAAAACUUACCUCCUCCAACUCCAUGUCAACCUUCUCCAUGUGGGCCUAAUAGUCAAUGUCGCGUAACAAAUGGCCAGAGCGUGUGUUCUUGCUUACCUGAAUACAGGGGUUAUCCUCCAAAUUGUAGACCAGAGUGCGUAGUGAAUUCAGAAUGUCCGUCUGACAAAACAUGUAGAAAUCAGAAAUGUGACUCACCUUGUCCGGGACCGUGUGGACAAAACGCAGAUUGUAGAGUUGUAAACCACAGUCCAAUAUGCACUUGUCAAAACAAGUACACAGGAGAUCCAUUCUCUAGAUGUUACUUGUUCACAGCACCGGCAGUAUUCACGCCUGAGCAAGAUCCAUGCGUACCUUCACCGUGCGGUCCCAAUUCGCUGUGCAGAAAUUUGAAUGGUAUUCCUUCAUGCUCGUGUUUACCAAAUUUCGAAGGCAGUCCUCCUAACUGCAAGCCCGAGUGCACAAUUAAUGAAGAAUGUCCCAGUAACCUAGCAUGUACCAACCAGAAAUGUAGGGAUCCAUGUCCUGGCUCAUGCGGUCUAAACGCAGUAUGCCAGGUUGUCAAUCAUUUUUCGGUUUGUUCGUGCAACCAGGGGUACACAGGAAAUGCUUUUACGCAAUGCAAUCCCAUUCCCGUCCAAGAGCAUGAUGAUCCAUGCAAUCCUUCGCCGUGUGGUGUAAAUGCAGUAUGCUCAAACGGCCAAUGCAGUUGUAUCGCGGAAUUCCGUGGCGAUGCUUACACGGGAUGCAGGCCCGAAUGUGUGCAGAGCUCGGACUGUGAGAAAAAUUUGGCCUGUUUGAAAAAUAAAUGUAAGGAUCCUUGCCCUGGCACCUGCGCUGUUAACGCUAUAUGCAGCGUGGUUAACCAUAUACCGAUGUGCUCUUGUCCUGACAGGAUGACCGGAAACGCACUUUUAGAUUGUCGACCUGUUGUAGAACCCGUUAUUACAAAUCCCUGUCAACCAUCACCGUGUGGACCAAACAGUCUGUGCAGGAACGUAAAUGGGCAAGCCGCCUGCUCGUGCGCUCCGAACAACAUAGGGUCACCUCCUUCUUGUCGCCCAGAAUGUAUCAUUAGCGCUGAGUGUACACUCAACCAAGCUUGUAGUAAUCAGCGUUGUGUCAAUCCGUGCAUCGGGUCCUGUGGUGUAAAUGCAGAAUGUAAAGUUGUAAACCACAAUCCGAUUUGCUCAUGUCCCGCAACCUACACAGGGAAUCCAUUCUUACGAUGCUUUAAACAACCCGAACAAAUACCAGAGCCCGUUAAUCCAUGCACACCAUCACCAUGCGGACCUUACUCUUUAUGCAAAGAAGUAAAUGGAGCACCUUCAUGUACCUGCUUAGACGGUUACCAGGGGUCAGUCCCAUAUUGUCGACCUGAGUGUAUCAGCAGCGAAGAAUGUUCCCUACACCUGUCAUGCAUAAAUAAUAAAUGUAAAAAUCCAUGUGAGGGCGUUUGUGGUUCCAAUGCCGAAUGUAGAGUGGUCAGUCAUUCGCCUAACUGUAUAUGCCCGUUCGGAUAUACAGGAGAUCCAUUUGUGGCAUGUCAACCAACUCCACUUCAAAUAGAGCCUCCUGCAACUCCCUGCUCACCUUCACCUUGCGGUGUUAAUGCCGUUUGCAGAGAAAGAAAUAGUGCCGGAUCAUGUUCCUGCUUAGAGGGUUAUAUUGGGAACCCGUAUGAAGGCUGUCGUCCAGAAUGCGUUGUUAAUACUGACUGUCCACUAAAUGAAGCAUGCUUAAACAAUAAAUGUGCUGACCCGUGCCCGGGCACCUGCGGCACUAAUGCAGAGUGUCAAGUGGUGAAUCACUCCCCUCUAUGCACAUGCAUAAAUAGUUACACGGGGGAUCCAUUUAGGUACUGCGUUUAUCAGGAACCACACGUGUCACCACCAACGGUUGAUGUUUGUUAUCCAUCGCCUUGCGGGCCAAACAGUCAAUGUAAAUCUGUUAACAAUCAGGCUGCAUGUUCCUGUCUGCAGGAGUAUGUGGGCUCGCCACCUAAUUGCCGACCUGAAUGCGUUGUUAGUACAGAGUGCCCUCACGAUAAGGCGUGUGUCAACACCAAGUGCAUAAACCCAUGCCCGAAGCCAUGUGGAGUUAAUGCUAACUGCAAAGUGGUUAACCAUAGCCCUAUAUGCUCUUGUAAAACAUCUUACACUGGAGACCCGUUUACAAUUUGCACCUUUGUCCAAUAUGAUGUGCAACCACCGGUUUCUGAUAAUCCUUGCAUUCCAUCACCUUGUGGUCCUAAUGCAGAAUGUCGUAACAUACAAAAUUCACCAUCGUGCUCGUGUAUGGUCAACUUUAUUGGUAGUCCUCCCAACUGUAGACCCGAAUGUACUAUCCAUUCGGACUGUCAAAGUGAUCGUGCUUGUAUGAACUCAAAAUGUCAAGAUCCUUGCCCGGGAGCUUGCGGAGUCUACGCCACUUGCAAUGUCCUAAAUCAUAUUCCUAUAUGUACAUGUAUUGAAGGAUACACUGGAGAUCCGUUCACGAGCUGCAGAGUAAAGCCUUUGGAAGAUAAACCUCUUAUCACCGAUGCUUGUGCUAAUGUGCGUUGCGGUUCAAACGCAGAGUGCCUAAGCGGCCAGUGUCAAUGUUUACCACAAUUUCAUGGAGACCCUUACUUUAACUGCCGCCCUGAGUGUGUUUAUAGCACCGAUUGUGACCAAAACAAAGCAUGUGUUCAAAGGAAAUGUGUCGACCCUUGUGUUGGUGCUUGUGGCCAAAAUGCCAUAUGCACUGUUGUAAACCAUAUCCCCAUGUGCAGCUGCAACAAUGGUUUCACUGGCAAUGCAUUUGUACUUUGCAAUCCAAUGAGAGCACCAUCGGUAGAAAAUCCAUGCAGUACGGCAGUCUGUGGACCAAACAGUCAAUGCAGGGAAAUAAACAAUCAAGCUGUUUGUUCUUGUCUACCUUCUUACCUAGGCAUCCCGCCAGCCUGCAGGCCUGAAUGUGUGGUAAACGCGGAAUGCUUACAGAACCAAGCAUGUAUGGGACAGAAAUGUGUAGAUCCGUGCAUUGGAGCUUGCGGACUAAGAGCAACAUGCAAAGUUAUAAAUCACAAUCCUGUAUGCACAUGUCCACCAUCAUACUCAGGCGACCCAUUCGUACAGUGUACUUUAGUGUUCAGUACGCCGGAGUUUGUGAACCCAUGUCAACCAUCGCCAUGUGGCCCGAAUUCAAUCUGUAAGGAAGGUAAUGAAAGUCCAUCGUGUACAUGUAUGCCUAAUUACAAGGGCCAACCGCCCUACUGUAGACCGGAAUGUAUAAGCAAUAGCGAAUGUGCAUCACACUUAGCUUGUGUCAAUCAGAAAUGCAGAGAUCCAUGUGUUGGGGCCUGUGGAUCGAAUGCUGAAUGUAGAGUUGUUAGCCAUUCAGCAAUGUGCGUAUGUACACAAGGUUAUGUUGGUGAUCCCUUCUCUCAAUGCACGUUGCAACCCCCAACUGAAAUAUUAAGACCUUGCACGCCCUCACCUUGCGGUUCGAAUGCAGUAUGCAAGGAACAAAAUAAUGUGGGCUCAUGUAUGUGCACUGAAGGCUAUUUUGGAAACCCAUACGAAGGAUGUCGUCCACAAUGCGUGUCUAAUUCUGACUGUCCCGGAAAUAAAGCUUGUAUUGGAAACAAGUGCCAAGAUCCAUGCCCUGGCACAUGUGGAAUUAAUGCGGAAUGUUCAGUCAUUAAUCAUUCUCCUAAUUGCGUUUGUAUUGCGGGAUACACUGGUAAUGCUUUACGCAUCUGUAAUAUUUCUCCUCAAGAUACACCUAUAAGAAACGUAUGCUCCCCUAGCCCAUGCGGUCCAAACAGCCAAUGUCGCGAGAUUAAUAAUCAGGCUGUUUGUAGUUGUUUACCCGACUACACCGGCGAACCGCCUUCUUGCAAACCUGAAUGUUUAUUAAGCUCUGACUGUGCGUCAGACAGAGCAUGCAUCAAUAAAAAAUGCGUUAAUCCUUGUCCUGGACCUUGUGGCCAGAAUGCAGAAUGCAGAAUAUUCAACCAUAAUCCAAUUUGUAGCUGUUUUUCGGGCUUUACUGGAGACCCAUUUACAAGAUGUUAUGCAAAGCCAGGUAAGCCCGUCCCGACAGUCGUGGAAAGAGACCCGUGCGUACCAUCACCGUGUGGAAUAUAUGCAACUUGUCGCAAUAAUGGCGGGCACGCAUCUUGCUCGUGUUCUCCAGGAUACUUUGGAAGCCCUCCCAACUGCCGGCCAGAGUGCGUCACCAAUCAAGAUUGCGUUAGCUCUCUUGCGUGCAUCAACGAAAAAUGCAGAGAUCCUUGCACUGGAGCAUGUGGGCAAAACUCACGUUGUUCCGUUUUAAAUCACAUUUCUAUGUGCACAUGUAUAGAUGGGUUCAAAGGCGAUCCUUUCACGGCUUGCUAUAUUAUACAAGAAGAUCCUACACCGACGGAUUUAUGUAACCCAUCGCCUUGUGGUCCUAAUGCAGAGUGUAAUAAUGGAAAUUGUAGAUGUUUACCUGAAUAUAAUGGAGAUCCUUAUAUUGGCUGUCGACCACAGUGUACCAUAAGUACGGACUGUCAAAGAAACCAAAUUUGUGUCAACAAGAAAUGUGUAAAUCCAUGCCCCGAUACCUGUGGUAGCAACGCAAUAUGCGAAGUCAUCAACCACGUACCCAUGUGCAGUUGUCCACCAGGUUUCACAGGAAACUCAUUCGUUACAUGUAAUGCUAUUCAAACGCCAUUAUCUACAAUGCCAUGUAAUCCGAGUCCUUGCGGACCGAAUAGUCAAUGUCGGGAAAUAAAUAACGUAGCGGUUUGCUCUUGCCUGCCUGGCUUUUCUGGAAAUCCUCCCACAUGCAGGCCCGAGUGCACGACAAGCGCCGAAUGCGCAUUGAACAAGGCUUGUAACAACUACAAAUGUGUGAAUCCAUGCAUCGGAGCUUGUGGUAUACGGGCAAAUUGCGAAGUUGUCAACCAUAAUCCCAUUUGUUCUUGUCCAAACGAACUCACGGGUGACCCAUUCUCCAGGUGUAUUCCGAGACCACUCGAAGUCCCACCUCAAGUUAAUCCAUGCCAGCCUUCUCCGUGUGGGCCCAACGCAGCUUGUCAAACUAUAAAUGAUUCACCGUCGUGUUCUUGUCUGCCACAAUUUAUCGGAUUACCACCAAAUUGUCGACCCGAAUGCUCUAGUAACAGCGAGUGUUCUAAUAAUUUAGCGUGUAUUAAUAACAAGUGCGCCGAUCCUUGCAUAGGUGCUUGUGGCACGAUGGCUGAAUGUAGAGUUGUUAGUCAUACACCGAACUGUGUGUGCCCUCAGGGAUAUAUGGGUGAUCCAUUUGUUUUGUGUCGUGUGCAAGUUAAUACUGAACAACCGCCGCAGCCCUGUACUCCGUCACCUUGCGGAAGCAAUGCGGUGUGUAAGGAACGAAACAACGCUGCCUCGUGUGUUUGUGCAUCAGAAUAUAUUGGAAACCCUUACGAAGGAUGCCGACCUGAAUGCUCGGUUAAUACCGACUGUCCAUCUAAUAGAAUAUGUCAGCAAAACAAAUGUCGAGAUCCUUGCCCUGGCACUUGUGGAGUAAACGCCCAAUGUCAAGCGAUUAAUCACUCUCCGACUUGUACCUGCCUACAAGGAUUUACUGGAAACCCCUUCCAGAAUUGCGUCCCGAUACGCCCUGUAGAACACAAAAACCCUUGUUCUCCGUCGCCGUGUGGUCCCAACAGUGCCUGCAAAGUAAUAAACGAUCAAGCAGUUUGCUCUUGCCAGCCCGAAUAUCAGGGAUCUCCACCAAACUGCAGACCGGAAUGCAUUAUCAGUGCCGAAUGUCCGACAAAUAUGGCUUGCCUUCGUCAGAAAUGUACAGAUCCUUGCAUGGGUCAAUGCGGACAGAAUGCUAGAUGUCACGUUAUAAACCAUAGUCCAAUAUGUUCCUGCAUUGACCGAUAUACCGGUGAUCCUUUCAGCCGCUGCUACUUAAUGACCGUCCCUGUGGAAUUUAAACCCCAGGAUCCAUGCUUACCUUCACCUUGCGGAUCUUUCAGUCAGUGUAGAGAUAUAGGCGGUAUCCCGUCAUGCACUUGUUUGCCUACCUAUAUAGGCGCUCCACCGCAGUGUCGACCCGAGUGUACAAUAAAUUCAGAUUGUCCCAGUGAUACAGCAUGCAUCAAUCAAAAAUGCAGAGAUCCUUGUCCAGGAUCAUGUGGCUUGAAUACACGUUGUACAAUUAAAAAUCACACUCCCAUAUGUACGUGCAUCGAUAAUUAUGUUGGCGAUGCCUUCAGUGAAUGUAAAUUACAAGUUCCAUCUCAGGAUGAAAUCGACCCUUGCAAUCCUUCACCUUGUGGAGCAAAUGCAGUAUGCAAUAAGGGAGUGUGCACAUGUAUCCCGGAAUAUCAAGGAGAUCCAUACUUUGAAUGUCAUCCUGAAUGCAUUUUGAGUUCUGAUUGUUCUCAAGACAAAGCAUGUAUGCGUAACAAAUGCGUAAAUCCGUGUAAUAGUGGUGUAUGCGCGAGCAAUGCGAUAUGUGAAGUUAUCGGACAUGUACCGAUGUGCCGAUGUCCUGAAGCUAUGACUGGGAAUGCUUUUAUUCAUUGCACACCCAUGGAAGUUGUUCGGCCAGAGCCGUGCCAACCCAGCCCUUGUGGGCCUAAUAGCCAGUGCCGCAAUAUUAAUGGACAACCAGUGUGCUCUUGCGUAACAGGAUUUAUCGGAAGUCCACCAUCUUGCAGACCUGAGUGUACUGUCAGUUCCGAUUGCUUACCGAACGAAGCCUGUAGUAACAAUAAAUGUAUUAAGCCAUGUCAAGGUGCAUGUGGAGUAGAGGCAAUAUGUCAAGUAAUCAAUCACAAUCCUAUAUGCUCUUGCCCAACUUCAUAUACUGGAAAUCCAUUUAUAAGAUGCAUCGCCCAGCCGUUCGAACAGGAACCAGUUAAUCCUUGUAUUCCGUCACCCUGUGGGCCUAACUCGAUAUGUAAAGAAACCUCAGGAUCACCUUCAUGUUCCUGCCAAGAAGGAUUCAUUGGAUCUCCACCUUACUGUAAACCAGAAUGUAUUAGUAACACAGAAUGCCCUACUCAUCAAGCUUGUAUCAAACAAAAAUGUGCAGACCCGUGCGUUGGUUCUUGCGGAGUGAAUGCUCAAUGUCACGUAAUCAGCCAUUCUCCGGCAUGCUCUUGCUUACCAGGAUACACAGGAAAUCCAUUCUUUGAAUGUCAUACCCAAUUGCCAGAGCAAGAUUUUACAUCUCCUUGUCAACCGUCUCCGUGUGGUGCUAAUGCAAUUUGCAAAGAACUGAAUGGUGCUGGAUCAUGCACUUGUCAAACCAAUUAUUUCGGAAACCCAUAUGAGGGAUGCAGACCUGAAUGUUUAAUUAAUACUGAUUGUCCAUCGCACAAAGCCUGCUUACAGAAUAACUGUCGUGAUCCAUGUCCGGGCGCGUGUGCACCGAACGCUUUGUGCCAAGUGGUCAAUCAUGCUCCACAAUGUUCAUGUCAAGGAGGUUUUACUGGCGAUCCAUUCCGCUACUGUGUACCUGAGAGUAAGUUUUCAUUUACUAGUAAAUUGAUAAUCAAAAUUGAAACAAGUUUUCACCAUUGCAUUUAUUUUAUUUCAGUUCAAUAUGACACGCCUAAAGAUGUAUGUCGACCAUCACCUUGUGGGCCAAACAGCAGAUGCAAAGAAGUAAAUCAGCAAGCUGUGUGUUCUUGUUUACCCGAAUACAUUGGAACACCUCCAGGAUGUCGUCCAGAAUGCACUACUAGUGCUGAAUGUUAUAAAGACAAGGCAUGCAUCAAUCGAAAAUGUCAAGAUCCAUGCAUUAAUGCAUGUGGCAUACAUUCUGAUUGUAGAGUUAUUAAUCAUAGUCCAAUCUGUCAAUGUAAACCAAGAUAUACAGGAGAUCCCUUCGCAAGGUGUUCGCCUAUACCUCCACCAGUUGCAAACGCUGAGUUGGAGCCAUAUAGGAAUCCAUGCGUACCAUCACCUUGCGGGCCUAAUGCGGUGUGCCACGAUAUUGGAAAUAUACCCUCGUGUGCAUGUAUGCCAACUUAUGUUGGCAGUCCUCCUAAUUGCAGACCAGAAUGUACUAUAAAUUCUGAAUGUCCUACAUCUCAAGCAUGCAUCCAACAGAAAUGCCGCGACCCAUGUCCUGGUUCUUGCGGUAUUAGUGCUGUAUGUACCGUAACUCAACACAAUCCAAUAUGCACGUGCCCUGAAGGUUAUGCCGGCGACGCAUUUACAUCCUGCGCUCCUAAACCACCAGUAUAUGCUGAUAUUGUCGAUAAAUGCAAUCCAUCACCAUGCGGAUCCAAUGCAAUUUGUAACGAAGGCAUAUGCACGUGCAUAUCUGAGCAUCAAGGAGACCCGUACGUAGGCUGCAGACCCGAGUGUGUCUUGAGCACUGACUGUCCAAGAGACAAAGCGUGCUCAAAAAAUAAAUGCGUUAAUCCAUGCAUAGGCACAUGUGCAGCCACUGCUAUUUGUGACGUCAUCAAUCACGUGCCUAUGUGUAGCUGUCCUCAGGGAAUGACAGGAAAUGCAUUCUACGACUGUACGCCAAUCCAAGUGGCAAUACCGACCAACCCUUGCCAACCUUCUCUAUGUGGUCCAAACAGUAAAUGCCGAGAAAUUAAUGGACAAGCAGUCUGCAGUUGCGUAUCAGGCUACAUUGGCAGCCCUCCGCUAUGUCGACCAGAGUGUACAGUCAGUUCAGAUUGCCCAUUGAAUCGAGCCUGCAGCAAUCAGAAAUGCAUCGAUCCUUGUGCGGGAGCCUGCGGAGUCGAAGCAAAGUGCGAAGUGGUGAAACACAACCCGAUAUGUACUUGUGAAAGAAUGUACACGGGUAAUCCAUUUGUGCGAUGCGUACCCUUCGCUCUCACACAAGACCCUGUAGCUCCAUGCACGCCUUCGCCGUGUGGCCCGAACUCUAUCUGUAAGGAAACUUCAGGGACGCCAUCGUGCACUUGCAUGCCUAACUUCUUCGGAUCACCACCAUAUUGCAGACCUGAAUGUUCCAGUAACAGCGAAUGCCCACCCAACAAAGCCUGCACCAAUUCAAAAUGUUCAGACCCGUGUAUCAAUGCAUGUGGUACUAAUGCGCAAUGCAGAACAAUAAGCCAUUCUCCAAUGUGUUUCUGCGAUAAUGGUUUUACUGGCGACGCCUUUUCCAACUGCUAUGUUCAAGAUGUAAUACAAGAAAUACCAACUCCUUGUGAUCCAACACCUUGUGGUGCUAAUGCAGUGUGUAAAGAAUUGAACUUCGCUGGAUCUUGUACUUGUCUGCCAGACUAUAUAGGAAAUCCAUAUGAAGGAUGUCGACCCGAAUGCACAGUUAAUACUGACUGUACGUCAAACAAAGCUUGCAUACGUAAUAAAUGUCAAGACCCUUGUCCAGGCACAUGUGGAACGAUGGCUUCGUGUACUGUCGUUAAUCACUUACCAUCUUGUACUUGCUUGCCUGGAUUUACAGGUGACCCGUAUCGGCAGUGCCUUAUUCAGAAUGAACCUACACCGGAACCGGUUACGCCAUGUGUACCCAAUCCGUGUGGACCAAACAGCGUCUGUCGGGCAGUAAAUGAACAAAGCGCUUGUUCCUGUAUGGCUAACUACAUUGGUUCGCCACCUGGCUGUAGACCUGAGUGUACCGUUAGUUCGGAAUGUUCUACCAAUAGCGCAUGCAUUAAUCAGAAAUGUGCUGACCCAUGCCCCGGACGUUGUGGCUUAAACUCAGACUGCAGAGUUAUUAAUCAUAGUCCUCUGUGCUCGUGUUCGCCUGGAUUCACAGGCGAUCCAUUCACCCGCUGCUAUCCCCAACAACCAUUGCAAUUACCACCGGAACCGACGAGAAACCCAUGCGUCCCAAAUCCUUGUGGAGACAAUUCAAUUUGUCGAGAAAUAAAUGGAGGUCCAUCUUGCAGUUGUAUGCCACAAUAUCAAGGACAGCCUCCUAAUUGUAGACCUGAAUGUGCUAUUAACCAGGACUGCCCGUCUAACAUGGCAUGCAUAAAUAUGAAAUGCCGUGAUCCAUGUCCAGGAAGUUGCGGAGAAAACGCAAUAUGCACAGUCUUUAAUCAUUCUCCGUCUUGCACAUGCUCUCAAGGUUAUAGUGGCGAUUCGUUUGUUGCCUGUAGACCAAUUCCACCGGAAAGAGAUGAAUUACCAUCUGAUCCUUGUAAUCCUUCACCGUGCGGUAUCAACGCCCAAUGCAGAAAUGGGGAAUGCACGUGUAUUAGUGACUACCAGGGAGAUCCAUAUUUCGCUUGCAAACCCGAAUGCGUAUCGAGUGCAGACUGUGCUCCGGACAAAGUUUGUUCCAGGAACAAAUGUAUCAAUCCAUGCCCUGCAAUGUGUGCAGCGACCGCUCAAUGUAACGUUUAUAAUCACAUACCAAUUUGCACAUGUCCAGAAGGUACUUCUGGAAAUGCGUUUACUGGAUGUCAUACAAUCACAGUUUCUUUGGUCGAACCGUGUAAUCCAAGUCCAUGCGGUCCGAAUAGCCAAUGCCGUUCAAUCAAUAACCAGGCAGUAUGUUCUUGUUUACCUACGUUUAUUGGGAACCCGCCAUCAUGCCGACCGGAAUGCACUAUCAGCGCCGAAUGUCCACAGAAUGAAGCUUGCAACAAUCAUAAAUGUAUCAACCCAUGUGUUGGUGCUUGCGGCUAUGCAGCUAAAUGUGAAGUUAUAAAUCACAACCCGAUAUGUUCGUGUCCAAACCAAUAUACAGGCAAUCCAUUUACUCAAUGCACACCAAUACCUGCCACGCCAAUACCGCAGGGAGACCCAUGUACGCCUUCUCCAUGUGGACCGUAUUCUGUUUGCAAAGUGAUUGGAGAGUCACCAUCAUGUACAUGUCAACCAGAUUACUUAGGCCAACCUCCCAAUUGUCGUCCAGAGUGCGUCAGUAAUUCAGAAUGUAGAAGCGAUUUAACAUGCAUUAAUCAAAAAUGCAAAAAUCCCUGCCCAGGUAGUUGUGGAUAUAAUGCAGACUGUAAAAUUAUUAGCCAUGCUAUGGUCUGCACCUGUCCCUUCGGUUUAUCUGGAGAUCCUCUUAUUUCCUGUAAUUCUAUUCCGGAUUCCAUCGUUUAUGAUUCUCCUUGUGAGCCAUCGCCGUGUGGACUUAAUGCAGAGUGUUCUGAACGAAACGGAGCGGGCGCAUGCAGAUGUAUUGAAUCGUAUGUCGGCAACCCAUACGAAGGAUGUCGCCCAGAAUGUGUCAUAAAUACAGACUGCCCACCCAUGUUAGCUUGCAUUCAAAACAAGUGCAAAAAUCCUUGCCCUGGUGUGUGUGGAUCAAAUGGCAUUUGUCAAGUUGUGAAUCAUCUACCCACAUGUUAUUGUCCUCCAGGACUAACUGGCAAUCCAUACUCCUACUGCGUACCACAAUUGGAAGAUCAAAUUAAACCGGCGCCGUGUAAUCCGUCUCCAUGCGGACCGAAUAGUCAAUGUCGAGAGGUGAACUCUCAAGCAGUAUGCAGCUGCUUAUCUGAAUUUAUUGGUUCUCCACCAAACUGCCGGCCGGAAUGCACGAUUAAUAGCGAAUGCCAGACAGAUAAAGCAUGCAUAAAUCGCAAGUGUGUUAAUCCCUGUGUUGGUCAAUGUGCUAGAAAUGCUAUUUGUAGGGUAAUAUCACAUAAUCCGAUAUGCUCCUGCCAAGAACGGUUUACUGGAGAUCCUUUUACCAACUGUAUCCCGAUUGUAGAGUCGAUUUCACCGCCACCUGCAGAAGUCAACCCGUGCAUCCCGUCGCCGUGUGGACCGAAUUCAGAAUGCCAAGUAUACGGAGGCAGCGCUCGAUGCACUUGUUUACCGAACUACAUAAGUUCACCACCUCGAUGCAGGCCGGAAUGUGUGACCAGCGCGGAAUGUAGUGCUGCAACUGCUUGCAUCAACAACCGCUGCGCGGAUCCGUGUCCCGGAGCUUGUGGUCUCCGUGCCCAAUGCAGCGUCGUUAACCACCUGCCGAUCUGUUCAUGUAUACCUGGUAAUACUGGGGAUCCGUUCGUUGCCUGUCACGAUAUCCCGCCCAAAGAUCCAAUAGAUCCGUGUUCUCCCUCCCCAUGUGGUUCUAAUGCAGUCUGCCGAGAUGGCACCUGCACAUGUUUACCUGAAUAUCAGGGUGAUCCUUAUUUCGGUUGCCAUCCUGAAUGCGUUUUGAACACCGAAUGUCCACGCGACAAAGCAUGUAUGAACAAUAAAUGCAAGGAUCCUUGCGUUGGAACAUGUGGCAGCGGCGCUAUUUGUGAAGUUUUCAAUCAUAUUCCUAUGUGUUCUUGCCCACCGGGCUAUACUGGAUCGCCAUUCUCGUACUGUACUGAAGUUAUUGACAUGCCAACCAACUUAUGUCAGCCGUCCCCGUGUGGGCCCAACAGUCAGUGCAGAGAAGUAAAUGGAAACGCGGUGUGUGUGUGUAUUCAAGGCUACAUAGGUAGUCCUCCAAAUUGUCGACCAGAAUGUACAAUAAGCGCCGAAUGUAGGUUAAAUCGUGCUUGCUCUAAUCAAAAAUGCAUUGAUCCAUGCCCAGGAGCAUGCGGUCGCAACACUCAAUGCAUAGUGGUGAACCACAAUCCAGUGUGUACUUGUUUGGCUGGAUAUUCAGGCGAUCCAUUUUCAUAUUGCCAAUUUAUUCCUCCAGCACCGCCAGUGAAUGUUAACCCAUGCCUACCGUCUCCUUGUGGGCCAAAUUCACAAUGCAAUGAAAAUGGUGAAAAUUACGUUUGCACAUGCUUACCCGAAUUUGUUGGCACACCACCCAAUUGCCGACCCGAAUGUACUAGUAACACUGAAUGUGCUUUGAACAUGGCAUGUAUCAAUAGGAAGUGUGUAGACCCUUGCAUCGGCUCAUGUGGCGUGAACGCUGAAUGUAGAGUUGUAAGCCAUACACCGAUAUGCUUAUGUCAAAAUGGAUAUACUGGUGAUCCGUUUCUGACGUGCACUUACCUUGAAGUUGUUGCUACGGAACUGGAACGCCCUACACCGUGCAUUCCUUCUCCAUGCGGUUUUAACGCAGAAUGCCGUGAACAAUACAACGCCGGGUCUUGUACUUGCCUAGAAGGUUAUUUCGGAAAUCCAUAUGAGGCCUGUAAGCCAGAAUGCGUACUUAACUCGGACUGUCCGGCUAAUCUAGCUUGCCGAAAUAAUAAAUGCUAUGAUCCCUGUCCUGGUACUUGCGGACUAAAUGCGCUAUGCAAUGUAAUCAACCAUAUUCCGAGCUGCUCUUGUCCAGAUCAAUAUUACGGGGAUCCUUACAAAAUAUGCACAUUUAAGCUUCAAUCUGAAAUACAUGAUCCCUGUGAUCCAUCACCAUGCGGGCCUAAUAGUCAAUGCAGAUCUCAAAAUGGGUUGUCUAUCUGCACGUGCUUGGAUGGAUACCAAGGAUCACCUCCAAUGUGCCGGCCAGAAUGUUUAACCAGCUCGGAAUGUCCCAUGGAUAAGGCCUGUGAAAAUCUUAAGUGUGUCAAUCCAUGCCCGAAAGGCUGCGGUGUUAAUUCAGACUGCAGAGUUAUUAAGCAUAACGCCAUUUGUACAUGCAGACAAGGUUAUACUGGAGAUCCAUUCUCACAAUGUUACGUGUCUCCAAUACCAGAACGGCCGCCCAUGGUUCCGGUUAACCCAUGCAUACCUUCACCAUGUGGUUCGAACGCCAUAUGCCGUGACAUCGGUGGCAUCCCUUCGUGCACAUGCAAUGUUGGAUACCUAGGCAGCCCACCGAACUGCAAACCGGAAUGUGUUGCUAAUGCCGAAUGUAGCAAUGACAGAGCGUGCAUAAACAUGAAAUGCGAAAAUCCAUGUUUAGGCUCAUGCGGACUGAAUGCUGUCUGUAAUGUAAUCAAUCACAUGCCUAUGUGUUCGUGUUUAGAAGGUUAUCAAGGAGAUCCCUUUGCCAUUUGCAACCUUAAACCCUCAGAACCCCCACAAAAGACAGAUCCUUGUAAUCCAACACCGUGUGGGGCUAAUGCUCAAUGCAAUAACGGUAUAUGUACAUGUCUCGCUGAAUACUCCGGAGAUCCAUAUUUCGGCUGCCGUCCUGAGUGCGUGCUGAGCUCUGACUGCCCUCUGGACAAGGCUUGCGUGCGUUCCAAAUGCGUUGACCCAUGCCGAAACAUGUGCGGUGUUAAUGCGGAGUGCAACGUUUACAACCAUGUUGCAGUAUGCAGUUGCCCGGCUAGUAUGACGGGUAAUGCUUUCAGCCAAUGCAGCAUAAUCGAAAAACCAACAAAUAGACCUUGUGAACUUUCUCCAUGCGGGCCUAACAGUAACUGCAGAGAAAUUAACGAGCAAGCUGUAUGUGCGUGCUUACCAAAUUAUGUUGGAAAUCCACCUAAUUGUCGCCCCGAAUGUAUUCAAAGCUCAGACUGUGCUCCAUCGCGUGCGUGUAUUAAUCAAAAAUGUGAAGAUCCAUGCCCGGGAUCAUGUGGAAGUAAUGCUAUCUGUAAUGUUAUAAAACAUAAUCCUAUCUGCAGCUGUCCUGACAGAUACACUGGUUCUCCGUUCUCCCAUUGCUAUGUAUUUGUUCCGGAAGAACUACCACCGUCUGACCCAUGUGUACCUUCCCCAUGCGGACAGAAUAGUAUUUGCAAACCAACUAACGGCGGUUCAUCUUAUGUAUGUACAUGUCAGCCGACAUUUGAAGGUACCCCGCCACAGUGUCGUCGAGAAUGUACAAGCAAUGAUGAUUGUUCAAUGGACAAAGCAUGCAUAAACUAUCAAUGUAAAGACCCCUGUCCAGGAUCUUGUGGACUCAACACAGUGUGCAUUGUACGGCUGCAUAGUCCCAUGUGUUCCUGUGAAGAAAGCUAUACUGGUGAUCCCUUUACAGCAUGUCACAGAAUACCAUUACCUGAACCGACAGACCCAUGUAAUCCAACGCCGUGUGGUGCUAAUGCCCAAUGUAAAGCUUCAAGAAACCAAGCUGCUGCAUGCAUAUGUGACCCUGAUUAUUAUGGAAAUCCUUACGAAGCAUGCAGGCCCGAAUGCGUUACACAAACAGAUUGUCCGUACAACAAAGCAUGCUUAAAGAAUAAAUGUGUUGAUCCUUGUCCCGGAACGUGUGGUGUUUCAGCCGUGUGUCAAGUUAUCAACCACAUCCCAUCAUGUAGUUGUACACCAGGAUACACUGGAAAUCCUUACGCAUAUUGCCACAUUAUAAUCAACACUCCGGAACCAACCAAAGAUACUUGUGUUCCAAACCCUUGUGGAAGCAAUUCAGUUUGCAAUAACAACAAUGGACAUGUGGCUUGCUCAUGUCAACCAGAUUUUCUGGGAGCUCCUCCAAAUUGCCGACCUGAAUGUACUGUAAACUCGGAGUGCGAAACAACAAAGAGUUGCUCAAGGCAGAAAUGUAUUAACCCAUGCUCAAAUGCUUGUGGACAAAACGCUGAGUGCAGAGUAGUCAACCAUGCUCCUAUUUGCUCUUGCCGACCAGGUUUUCAAGGAGAUCCGUUCAUCAGAUGCGUAGUAGUUGACAAAACUCCACCAUCUGAAGUGAACCCAUGCAUACCAUCUCCCUGUGGACCAAACGCUCUCUGCCAAAUUGUAAAUCAAGCACCUGUGUGCACUUGUAUUAACAACUACAUCGGAACGCCUCCAAACUGUAGGCCUGAAUGCACAGUAAACUCAGACUGUCCCAGUACUAUGGCUUGCAUGAAUCAAAAGUGUCGUGACCCUUGUCCCGGCUCGUGUGGACUACAGACCGUGUGUCAAGUUUAUCAACAUGCUGCUGUAUGUACCUGCAAAGAGGGUUUCACUGGAAAUCCAUUCCAGAAUUGUUACAUCCAAGAACAUAUAGAACCCCAACCAACUGUAUACGAUGAAUGCAAUCCAAGCCCUUGUGGAGCUAACGCUGAUUGUAGAGAUGGCCAAUGCACCUGUAGACCAAAAUAUUUCGGCAACCCCUACAUGAGCUGCCAGCCCGAAUGCACACACAAUUCUGACUGUGCGCCUCAUCUUUCAUGCAUUAAUAAUGAGUGUAAAAACCCAUGCGCAAAUAUUUGUGGUCAAGGUGCCGUUUGCGAAGUUUAUAAUCACAUACCAAUGUGUAGUUGUCCUUCUAAUACAACAGGAAAUGCAUUCUUCUCUUGCACUCCUAUUACAUCUAUAUCCAUCAGAAAAGACCCUUGCACGCCUUCACCUUGUGGACCAUACAGCGUAUGUCGAGCAAUAAAUGAGCAAGCGAUUUGCUCGUGUUUAAUGGGAUACAUUGGCGCACCACCUUCGUGUAGGCCGGAGUGCACUGUCGAUUCAGACUGUACAAGUUUCAUGGCCUGCUCCAAUCAGAAAUGUAAUAAUCCUUGCGCAGGCUCUUGUGGCCUUAACGCAGAAUGCAGAGUGCACAACCACAAACCAAUAUGCUAUUGCCCAAAUGGCUUUACUGGUGAUCCAUUCACCAGAUGUGCCAUUGUUGUGGACCGUGAUCAACCACCAAGAAAGGCUCCAUGUGAACCAUCGCCCUGUGGUCCUAAUUCCAUCUGUCGAGCCGCAAAUGAUGCACCGUCAUGUUCCUGCUUAACAGGUUUCAUUGGAACACCUCCAUUCUGCCGUCCUGAAUGCGUCGCAAACAGUGAAUGUACUUUCGAUAAGGCUUGUAUCAAUAACAAAUGUGUAGACCCAUGCCCUGGUGCUUGUGGACAAAACGCCAUAUGCCGCGUCAUCAGUCAUUCACCUCAAUGUGUUUGCCAACCAGGAUACGAAGGAAACUCCUUUGAUCAAUGUCUACCAAUUAAAGUACCACAUCGGAAACCACCCACCUCAACUCAACCAUGUGUGCCUAAUCCUUGCGGGCCAAACGCGAUUUGUCAAGAACGUAACGAUGUGGGCAGCUGCACCUGUCUUAGUGGCUACUUCGGUAAUCCAUAUGAAGGUUGCCGGCCAGAAUGUUUAAUUAACUCUGAUUGUCCAGAAAAUCUCGCAUGCACAAAUAACAAAUGUCAAAAUCCAUGCCCUGGCUUAUGUGGAUCAAAUACUCGGUGCGAAAUGGUCAAUCAUUAUCCUAUGUGUGUUUGCCUCGAUCGACAUGUGGGAAAUCCUUAUGAUGGUUGCAUCUUGAGAGAAGAAUCACCUACUGAUCCUUGCACCCCAUCUCCUUGUGGAGCAUACAGCACGUGCAAAGCAUUGAACGGUCAAGCUAUGUGCACAUGUUUACCACAAUAUUUCGGCAGCCCUCCUAAUUGUCGACCCGAGUGUGUAACAAACCCUGAAUGCCCACCAAACAAAGCUUGCAUAAGACAAAAAUGUAUAGAUCCAUGCAUUGGAACGUGCGGAGAAAAUUCACAAUGUCGAGUACAUUAUCAUAGUCCUUAUUGCACCUGUGCCCCUGGCUUUGAAGGAGAUCCAUUUGUAAGAUGCAUCAAACCAGUAGCAUCUCCACCACCAAAACCACCUGUAUGUGAACCUAGCCCUUGCGGUAGAUAUGCUACAUGCAGAGACGUUGGUGGGUCAGCUAUUUGUAGUUGUUUACAAGGUUACACCGGUGCGCCGCCGAAUUGCGCACCCGAAUGUACAAUUAAUGAGGAUUGUCCCAAUGACAAGGCAUGUGUGCGAGAAAAGUGUGUCAACCCAUGUCGUGGGUCCUGCGGGACAUUUGCUGACUGUCGAGCAAUGAAUCAUCUUGCUAUUUGUACGUGCCCAGCCGGUUAUAGCGGCAAUCCGUUUGUCAAUUGCUAUCCGUUUAAAGAACCUCAAAAAGAUUUACCGCUAGAUCCCUGUGCGCAAUCUCCAUGUGGAAUCAAUGCAAUGUGUUCUAACGGUUCUUGUUCAUGUAUCCCCGGAUAUCAAGGAAACCCAUUUAUUGAAUGUCGACCUGAAUGUAUAAACGAUAAUGAAUGCUCGAAACAACAGGCCUGUGUUAAUUAUAAAUGUGUCAACCCAUGCAAAAAUGCUUGUGGCUUAGAUGCAAUUUGUAACGUUUACAACCACAUUGCGAUUUGCGAAUGUCCCGUUCCUCUACAAGGUGAUCCAUUUAUUGCAUGUCGCCCUGUCGUAGCUCCAACGGUAACUGACCCCUGCACUCCAAAUCCAUGUGGUCCAAACAGCAUUUGCCGAGCACAGGGCACCGUGGCGCAUUGUUCUUGCCGGCCACCCGCGCUUUCCGAUCCGACCAGUUGCCGCCCCGAGUGCCGCGCUGACUCCGACUGUCCAGCAGAUCGCGCCUGCCGAAAUAACAAAUGUCGCGACCCUUGUCCUGGCGUAUGCGGCCUCCGAGCUCAUUGCCAAACUAGAAUGCAUUUACCCAUUUGCUCUUGUCCAAUAAACUUCAUUGGAGAUCCAUUUGUUCGUUGUUCACCAGCACCCACAGACGUAGAGUCUAAGGUUGUCUCACGAUGUCCCGACUGCGGGCCGAACGCAGACUGCAUCGAUGGCCAAUGUCGAUGCAGAACUAAUUACUUUGGAGCGCCUCCUUUCUGUCGCCCUGAAUGUCUAAGCUCCAGUGACUGCGAAUGGCGCCUUACUUGCGUCAAUCGUCGCUGCAUGGACCCUUGCCCCGGCGCGUGCGGUCGUGGCGCGAUCUGUUCGCCUGUCUCCCAUGAACCUCGCUGCGAAUGUCCCCCCUCUACUACUGGAAACCCUCUUGUUGAAUGUCGUCCAAUUAGUGAUAUCCAGAAACCAAAAGACGAUCCUUGCUAUCCGUCGCCCUGCGGGCCUGGAGCGAUCUGUCGCACGAGAGGCACAGGCGCAUCUUGCGAAUGUGAACCAGGACUUCGCGGUGACCCGUACACGGGUUGUCGACCGGAAUGUUUGGCGGACUCGGACUGUUCACCUUCGCGCGCUUGCGUACGUUCUCACUGUCGUGACCCUUGCAUCGGCAGUUGCGGAAUAGGAGCAGAUUGCGAAACCUUCAACCACCUACCGACUUGUUCUUGUCCACCGGGAACAAGGGGCAAUCCUUUUGUACGAUGUGAAGAAGUGCUCAAAUCGGUGCCACCGUGCGAUCCGUCCCCUUGUGGUCCAGGAGCUUUGUGCACUGCCGUCGAUGAAAAUGCGGUGUGCUCAUGCCCGCAAGGCACCAGCGGCGAUGCAGCCGCAGGUGGCUGUCGACCCGAGUGCGUCGUCAGCUCAGAGUGCCCGCGCGAUCGUACUUGUGUGCGAAACCGGUGCGUCGACCCCUGCAUCGGCGCAUGCGGCAACGGUGCAGAGUGUCGUGUGUUUGAUCAUGCGCCAAUUUGCUCCUGCCCACCACCAACAACUGGAAAUCCAUUCCUAGGAUGUAGACAGUUGGAUGUGCAACCCAGUAAGGGCCCAUGCGAUCCUAACCCAUGUGGACCACACGGAACAUGCCGCAACGGUUUCUGCACCUAUCCGGAAUGUAUUGUUAACGAUGACUGCUCUGGAGACCGCGCUUGCAUUAAUCAAAAAUGUACUGAUCCUUGCGUCGGAGCUUGUGGAUUAAAUGCGAUUUGUUCUGGCGUGCGGCACUCGGCGGUUUGCUCAUGUCCCAACGGUUACACGGGCUCUCCAUUUGUACGUUGCGAACGGAUCAUCAUGCCCACACCCACACCCGCACCUGUACCAGAAUGCAUCAGAGAUGACCAGUGCGCCGACAAUGCCGCAUGCGUCGACUCUCGUUGCUCUCCCGUAUGCGGACCCUCAAAUUGCGGCCUCAACGCACGUUGCAUAGCUAGACAGCAUAGAGCUCGCUGUGCUUGCUUGCCAGGAUACGAAGGCGACGCAUAUACUGGCUGUUAUUCAGUUCAAUGUCACAGCAACAACGACUGCCCAUACGACGAGAGUUGCGAUGGCGGGUCUUGCGUAAAGGUGUGUCCGCGAAUUCGUUGUGGCACGGAGGCGCAUUGCGUCGCGCGUGGACACGUUGCCACCUGCGAAUGUGACAGCGGAGCUCGCGGCAACCCGUGGACGGCCUGCCAUAGAGCCGAAUGUACGGUAGACGACGACUGUGCCACGUGGCUGGCGUGCCGUGGAGGCACUUGUCAGAACCCUUGUCCCGGAGCUUGUGCGCCGGACGCGGUGUGCACUGUCACUCGCCAUUCACCAAUCUGCGAAUGCCCGCGCGGCACUGUAGGCAACCCGAACGUUGAAUGCCGACGAGUUAUUGAUGACGUGGAAUGUGAAACUGACGCUGGCUGCGGCCCUGAUUUGGCAUGUCUGCAAGGCAAAUGCAAGAACCCUUGCGACGCUACCUCAUGCGGGAGAGGCGCCGUGUGUCGUGUCGCCAAUACUCUGCCGUUCCGGACACUAGUAUGCGAAUGCCCUAAACCACUAACGGGUGACGCGUCCGUCCAAUGUAGUCCAAGAGGUGAAUGCAACGAGGACUCAGAGUGCGGGGACGAGGAGACGUGUUCCUCAAAGCGGUGCGUCCCGGUGUGCGGGCCCGGCGCGUGCGGCGUGGGCGCCGAGUGCCGCGGCCGCGCGCAUCGCGCCUCUUGUACUUGCUUGCCGCCGUUACAGGGCGAUGCUCGAGUUGCCUGUUUGCCAGGUCUUCCAGACGUUCAAUGUACAGCGGAUUCAGAAUGCGGCUCCGCGGAAGCGUGUGUAAAUCGGCAAUGUGUGUCAGCGUGCGCUGGAGCGUGCGGCACCGGCGCCUUGUGUGAGGCCACGCUGCACCGCGCGCGCUGCCACUGCCCGCCCGGUACAGCCGGAGACCCAGCCCGCACUUGUUAUACACCUGAGUGCACAUCAGAUGACAAUUGUCCAUUUGACAAGACCUGCAUUAACGGAUAUUGCCAAGACCCAUGUAUACUCGGAUCACCUUGCGCUCGGGAUGCGACUUGCCAGGCCAUCGCUCACGUGGCUACGUGCCGUUGCCCGGCGGGAACGCAGGGCGACCCACGACGAGCUUGCAUCUCCGCCGUCUGCCACUAUAACGAGGACUGUGAUGAUACGCAGAUCUGCGACCGCCUCAAUAGAGUUUGCCGCCCCGCUUGUUCCGACAGCGCUUGCGCGCCUGGAGCACUAUGUACAGCUCAAAGACAUCGUUCGAUCUGCUCGUGUCCACCUGGGCGCUCCGGUGAUCCUUACUCGCUUGGUUGUACCUCUUACGACGUCGGCCCCGAAUGCACAAGCGACUCCGAGUGCUCGGCUCCACUGGCGUGCGUUAACACUCGCUGCGUGGAUCUGUGCGUGGGCAACCCAUGCGAAACCGGGCUUGUGUGUAAAACGGUCGAUGUAUUGCCAUUGCGCGCUGUGGCUUGUGUCUGUCCGGAUGGAGGACGUGUGGCCCCCGAUAGUGGCUGCCGCGCGCCACCGGAUGCAGAGUGCUCAGCAGAUUCAGACUGCGCCAAUAGUCAAACUUGUCGCCGCGGCAGCUGUGUCGAAGCUUGCAGAGCCGACCCGUGCGGACUCAACGCCCUUUGCGAAUCAAUCGACCAUGCCUCCCGUUGUUCAUGCCCACCUGAAUACACUGGAAACCCAAGAACAGAAUGCAACUUAGAACCCAGGCUACCAUCUAUAUGGGAGUGUUAUAACGAUGACGAAUGCGGCCCAGAGCGUGCCUGCGAGGAUCGUCGAUGCGUAAACCCAUGUAGCUCUGCUUGUGGCGAAGGCGCACUGUGUAGAGUCAUUGACCAUAAGGCGCAAUGUUCUUGCCCUAGAGGAUUCUCAGGCGAUGCUCGUGUUAGAUGUCAACCACCAUCAGACGUUCAAGUGGUUCCAGUGGGAUGCAAGGCCAACUCGGACUGUCCCCUGUCUCAAGCGUGCAUAAAUGGCGCUUGCGCUGAACCGUGUGCGUGUGGAUCACAUGCAGAGUGCAAUGUUGUACGACACCAUCCCGUAUGUUACUGCGAAGAAGGCUACUCUGGCAACCCGUACAUCGGAUGCACUAAAGUUGGAUGUUCAUCGGACUCUGAAUGUCCUGACAGCGAUACAUGCUACAACGGCGCUUGCGUCAAUCCUUGUAUUGUUGAGGCUCCAUGCUCCAUAAGCGCCGAAUGUUUCGGCAGAAAUCAUCGAGCAAACUGUCGCUGUCCAGCUGGCACAAAUGGCAAUCCAUACACCAGAUGUCAACCAGUUGAAUGCGAAAUCAAUGCCGAUUGCAACGAUGACAGCGUUUGCAUGAAAGGAGUUUGCCGACAUGCCUGUUCUACAGAAGGACGCAGCCCAUGCGCAAGUAAUGCAGAGUGCUUCGCACGAAACCACGCUGCAUCUUGUAAGUGUCCUCCAGCACUUCCUAUAGGCGAUCCUCUAACACACUGCGAAAAAGUAGUCAUUGGACCAGAAUGCUUAAUGGACAGCGAUUGCCCAAGUGGCCAAGCGUGCCUCAGAGAUCAAUGUCGUGAAGCUUGCGCUGAAUUACAACCAUGCCAGGCUAAUGCAAGGUGCACAGUAUCUGAUAGUGUGCCUUUCCGCACAUUGAUAUGCCGUUGUACCGAAGGCUACAUUCCGGAUGUCGGCGGCGCCUGCAGACCUACACAACUGCCUGCUCCUAGUUGUUCAUCUGACGAUGACUGCAGCGAUAAUGAAUCAUGCGUUAACAGGAUUUGUCGGAAUCCAUGUAAUUGUGGUGAAAAUGCCGAAUGCUUUGUACGCAAUCAUCGUCCGGUAUGCUCAUGCCGCGAGGGCUUUGACGGAAAUCCUUAUCAAACUUGCCGCACUGUUGGUUGUCGCUCCAAUUCAGAAUGUGAAUCAAAUCAAGCAUGUGUAAAUGGAAAUUGUGUUAGCCCAUGCUUAUUGAACAGUAACUGUGGACCAAAUGCUGAUUGUUACGUUGAAAGAAACCAACCACUCUGCCGUUGUCGACCUGGAUUCGAAGGAGACGCAUAUGAAGGAUGUAAUGCGAUAGAAUGUAGAUCAAAUGGAGACUGUCCUCUAGACAAAGAAUGCCGCAGCCACAGAUGCAUUAAUCCAUGUUAUUCGAAAACGAAUUGCGGAACCAACGCAGUUUGCUUAGUGCGCAAUCAUAUUGCAGUUUGUAAAUGUGAACAAGGAUUUAUUGGAAGUCCCUAUGUAGAAUGUAAGCCUGAAAUUAUAGCAGAAUGUUUCGUUGAUGCAGAUUGCCCACCUAAAUCAGCAUGUUUAUCAUCGAGAUGUGUUAAUCCUUGUUCAGUGCUUAAACCAUGCGCCUCACCGGCGCAGUGUGAAGUCUCUCCCACAUUGCCUGUUCGCACUAUGAUCUGUACCUGUCCACCUGGUUACAUCAGCAGCGGAGGAGGCUUAUGCCGCCCAUUCACUACUUUCUCGGAUGUCGCUUGUGAAAUUGAUACUAACUGCACGUCUAAUCACGCCUGCAUAACUUCGGUUUGUCAGAAUCCAUGUGAAUGUGGUCCAAACACAGAUUGUCAAAUUAAAAAUCAUAAACCGGUAUGCGCUUGUCGACCAGGAUUCAUCGGCGAUGCUCGCACUGGGUGCUAUGAUGUUCUUUGCCGAUCAGACUCACAAUGUUCAGACGACGAAACUUGCAUCAAUAACCGCUGUAUUCCAGCCUGUUCAGUGGACGGCGAAAUAUGUGGAACGUCGGCCGAAUGUUACGGAAACAACCAUCGAGCUUCUUGCCGCUGUAAAAUCGGAACUGCCGGUAAUCCGUCUAUUGGCUGUACGCCUAUUGGUUGUAGGACGAACUCGGACUGCCCGUCGGAUAGAUUGUGUGUUAACUCACAGUGCAUAGAACCCUGUACAGCAAACACCUGCGAACAACCUGCAGAGUGCAGAGUGCAUCUUUACGAGGUGCACUGUGUCUGCCCACCCGGUUACCAGAGCACAGACCAAGGUUGCACUAAAACGACGGAACCCCAGUGCACUACCGAUUCAGAAUGUCCAGCAGGAACCGCGUGUCUAAAUGCUAAGUGCGUCGAACCAUGUCUCGAGACAAGCCCGUGUGGGAAUAACGCUGAAUGUAGAGUGGUCGACUCGCUUCCUGUUAGGACAAUGGUUUGCGAAUGCUUACCAGGAUAUAGAGGAAAUGCUUUAGUGGAAUGCACCCCAAAUAUACCACCUACCGCGGUAUGCAUAGAAGGGCAAGGAAUGGAUGCGAACGGUGAAUGCGUUCCAUGCCGCGAAUCAGAGGGCCGCAUUGUGGACUCACGCGGACGCUGCGUAUGCGACGCAAGUCGCGGCAUUGUUCUGCGUGGCGACAAGUGCUUGCCUAUUGCGAGCUGUAGCUCCGACAACGACUGCGACUACCGCGCCACAUGUCGCAACAGCGUCUGCAUACCAGCCUGCGAUGCUGAGCCCUGCGGGUUACACGCCAUCUGCACCGCACAGGGGCAUCGCUCCAUUUGCACAUGUGCCAACGGUUACACUGGAAAUCCGAAAGAACACUGCAACGCUACCACUCCUAACUAUCGUACGGACUUCCCAUUGCCGGACAUGCAAGUGCAUUGUCUCGCUGACGCUGUGAAAGUGAGCCUGAAAAUCAAGGACUUUAAUGGAGUUUUGUACGUAAAGGGAUACAGCAAAGAUGAACGCUGUAGACUAGUUGUACAUAUCCCCGAGCACGAAGAACUGAUUGAUUUCACUGUGCACUUCGGGGACUGCGGUUUAGUGCACGUUAAUGGCAUGGCCAGCUUCGUGCUCGUGAUGCAGAUUCACCCAACACUGCUAACAUCAAACGCAAAGGCAUUCCACAUCAAGUGCAUAUACCAGACGGGUGAAAAGAACGUAACGCUGGCGUUCAAUGUGUCAAUGUUAACUACAGCUGGUACAAUUGCAAAUACUGGCCCACCACCCACGUGUUCAAUGCGCAUCGUCUCAAGGACUGGUGACGAAGUAAGCUCUGCGGAGAUCGGAGAGAACCUCGUCUUACAAGUUGAUGUCCAACCGUCAAGUAUAUACGGCGGUUUCGCGCGCAGCUGUAUCGCGAAGACGAGCGAAGCAUCGACGAACGUGGAGAACGAGUACACGGUGACGGACGCGGACGGCUGCGCAACGGACGCCACCAUUUUCAACGAUUGGGAGCGCAGCGAGGACGGCAGCGCGCUACGCGCCGCCUUCAACGCCUUCAAGUUCCCAAGCAGCGACAACAUACGCUUCCAGUGCAACAUACGAGUCUGCUUUGGAAAAUGUCAACCGGUUAAUUGCCGCGGCGCUGAUGCCUACGGCAAACGAAGAAAACGAGAAGCGAUCGACACCGAUGGCCCUCUGUCGACCAGAGAGGACCAAAUUCGAGAAGAAGUUAAGGUCGAAUCGAAUCAGAUAUUAACAUUAGAAAGACGCGAUCCGUCUCGUGUUGCGCGUCAGCGCGAUGCGUCCGGCGGCAGCGGGGACCCGGCGGCCGGCGCCGGCGAGGUGUGCGUGUCGGCGGCCGGGCUGGCGGUGGCGUUGGCGCUGACAGCGCUGCUAGCGCUCGUGGCGGUAGCGGCGGCCGUGGCGUGCUGGCUGGUGGCGUGGCGACGCGCGAGGCCUCCGCCCGCGCCGCUACCACACCCGCCUGACUUCCCGAACCCUCUGUUCCAGCGCUAAGACACACUACUACUAGUCCUCGCCCCGCUCCUCCGCCGGCGCUGGGCGGUGUCGGCUCCUUUCUUCUUACUCACUUAGCUUUAAUAUGUGCGCGCCGUCGGAGGACCGCCGGGCUAGGGCGCCGGGAGCGCCGCGCGGCUUCAUACCGCGCCCCUCGCUUGCGCUACCAGCGCCCUUUUUAGAUUUAUAUUGUAUCUAUAUUAACGUAGAAUCGUCAAAUACUUCGAAUUUUGUGAUAUUCAUAAAACAUAAUAUACACUGAAAGAAAUCACCAGAUUUUUAUGUAAAAUAAACUUAGGUUAAGGAAAAUAAACAAUUAAUAAAUAA